AUGGAAGACUGUGAGCAAGUCGUAUCAUCCACAACCGAAGACGAAAUGAGUAGAUACAGUCAAUACGGGAAUCAUUAUGACAACGAGGCCACAGCUACAUUUGACGACGAUGAUAUUGUAGACUUAGUUGGCGGAGCACAUGAUGCUAUUGAGAGGCACAAGGCUUCGUACCCUGAGGAUAUAAUCGAAUUUACGAAGGACGAGGAAGCGCCACGGACCACUACAGAUGAUGCCACGACACAACUGACACACGAGGUGAUUCCAGAUUCAACUCUAUCAGAGGAAGCGGUGGCUGAAAUAAUUCCAGCACCAGUGAUUCUGAAUUGUUUGGAUGCAGACUCUUUGCCAGAACUCAUCAGACCAUAUCCCCCGGCAAAAACAGCUCCAGAAGAAGCAGGUCCAGUACUAGUAGAAGCGGCCCCAGUAUUGGAAGCAGCUCCAUUGGAAGUGCUCCCCGAAGAGGCUCCAGAGAAAGAAGCGAUUGCGGCUCCUCCAGCACCAUUCCGUGAGUAGUCAAUAAUUUAGGUAUUUUAAAGAUCAUCAUCUGGUUUUAAAAUCUGUCUCUUGGUAAAGCAUUAUUAAAAUAGAUGUUUCAGUGUUUGCUUGCUAACUUCAUCGCCGUUGACUGGCUAGCCAGCGAACUAAUGUGUGGUAACGUUAGUUAGCGUAUGUGGGAUUGAUGCGGCAACCUUCAUGAACCAUUUUAGGAAAACAUGACAUUGUUGCGCACGGCUCGGCACUGCAUUGGUAGCUAGAUUUAACCAGAUACUCCACACAGGCAGGUAGAGGUGGCAGGCUAGCUAACCUUUCUGAAGCGCCCCCCCCCUAAUUAAAAAAAUGUAUGGAUAACUAGAUAGCUGGCUUUGUAAAGAUGAUGCAGCCCACCAGUUUUGACACAAGUCAUCAGCAGGAAGCUAGCUAACGUUAGUUAGCUGAUACAAUGAACUGGCAGAAUUGCACCACCUAUUUCAACGACUCCAUUUAAAAGGAUACAUCAGUGCUGUUUGAAUACAUAACAUGCAAUGGUUAAUCAUACUAGAUUAAUUCUGACUGUCAUGCUCCGACCUGGUUUGUGGUUGCGCAAACCAAGCUAGCACGCUCUGUUCUGACUCAGUCAAAAUGGCUUGGAUUAGUCACAACAAAGGAAUCUAAUCUAAAAUCGUCCACUUCCCUGUUUUAGUUGUUUAUCCCAAAAUAACUUAGUUAUUUCCAUGAACGGUAACGUUAGCUACCUAAUGGAAGCAAACUAUUUUUAUGAUAGCUAACAUUUUUUAUCCCACGAGGAAUUGGUUUCUCACCCCUCAAAUCUCCCGUUCUGUCAACCAUUCACCUUUUUGGAUAAUGACGUGUUUUUAUUAUCUCAAUUUCGGGUGAAGUCAGACAUUAUUUGGGAGCAAUGUUAUUUUGUAACUUGGUUAACGCACGCGAAUUUAAUCUCAAAUGUUCUUUUCUGUUAGAAUAGCUAAGCGCUUUCCCAGACAUGCGAGGCCAGAUGGGCAGGGCGGGGUUGGGAGACUAUUACAAAGACCUGGUUGAGUGACAUUACAUUUAAUCUCUUUAGGACCGACUAUUGCCUUCGGACUAAUAUAGACAUGCUUCUCAUUUUGGAAGGGCAGACAUGCUUUAUAUUCUACUUCGGUUUCCUGCAAUAAUUUGGGUUACCACCUUACUGCAGGAGAGAUGCUAAAAACGUCCAGGAAAUGGGCGUACUAGCUCUGACGGGCCUUGUGGGUUUGCUCCCUCUGUAUUUGCUGUGAUGUGUAUUUUCGCUAUCCUAGGAAGGGCUAGAUGAGCAUGCUUAAGUGUGUAUCAAUACCAUCACAGCUGGAUUUAGCUGCUACUAGGGCACUGAAUCACUUCUGACUUUGUAGUGGUCUACUUUUUAAAUUGGAACACUAACACGCAGUGCUGUAGUUGGCUAUGGUGUCCGGUUAACUAGACCUCAGUUUCUCAAUCAUGUGCCACACUGACUAUCAUUAAUGUUAGGCCUACAAUACUGUACCCCACUAGUUAAUAACUGCACAACUAUAAUGUCCUAUAAUGCCCCCUUCUCAUGUCUCAUAUUGACUUGUGACUAGAGUUAACAUGGCUUCCUUGCAGUCUGUGUCCGCCAUUAGCUUUCUUUGCCUCCUCUCAGACAUAUGACAUUUAAUGUGGCAGCUCUUUCAUGGUCAGAGUGGAGCAGGUGUUGGCCUACAUUUUUAGGUUCCACAAAACAACAGUAUUCAAGUCAUUGACUAUUAGCCUAUGCAGAACAGGUGGAUAGAAAAUUCAAGCAACUUGGAUUUCAUUAUAGCUAAUAAUGUUAAAUAUCUAUUGGUUCAAUUUUAGAUGUACUUCAACGCUGGAACCUAGUUUAGAGGUAACCGGUCUUAAACUGGUCUAAUCUGAAUAAUCAUUAGAUUGGAGUAAUCAAUGCAAAACAAAUUAAUUUUGUAAUGUGAUAUUUCUGGCUUUUGGUGAAUGGAUGCGUGAUCUCUUUUUUUAAUUUUUAUGAUUGGACAAUUGGUAUUCAGAGCCAUUGUAAAUUGAUGGCAACUUGUGAUUUUCAAUUGUUGCAUUCAUAAUCAUUGAAAACACAUGUUUUGCUUCUGUCCUAUUGAAAUAUUCCAAGACAUCUUAAUCUACAGGUUAUUGAGAAAAUUGUAACAUUUUGGUGAUUUGGCUAAAAUGGAGCUCAUAGCAUUCAAAUUACAAAAAUAUUUUUGCUAUUAAACAUUUCACAUUUUGAUUAAAUGGUCUUCAUUUGAAUUUGUGCUCUUGCUGUGAUUUCGACAACCCUCUCCUAAUGCUCUGCUUAGGUGUGUCUGUCAAGGAUGUUAGGCAUAUGUCUCAACCAGUUAGGCCCAAAAGAUGGACUCAAGGAUUGAUAGGGGGAAAUACUGUUUUCAAAUACAGUGGGGAGAACAAGUAUUUGAUACACUGCCGAUUUUGCAGGUUUUCCUACUUACAAAGCAUGUAGAGGUCUGUAAUUUUUAUCAUAGGUACACUUCAACUGUGAGAGACUGAAUCUAAAACAAAAAUCCAGAAAAUCACAUUGUAUGAUUUUUAAGUAGUUCAUUUGCAUUUUAUUGCAUGACAUAAGUAUUUGAUCACCUACCAACCAGUAAGAAUUCCGGCUCUCACAGACCUGUUAGUUUUUCUUUAAGAAGCCCUCCUGUUCUCCACUCAUUACCUGUAUUAACUGCACCUGUUUGAACUCGUUACCUGUAUAAAAGACACCUGUCCACACACUCAAUCAAACAGACUCCAACCUCUCUACAAUGGCCAAGACCAGAGAGCUGUGUAAGGACAUCAGGGAUAAAAUUGUAGACCUGCACAAGGCUGGGAUGGGCUACAGGACAAUAGGCAAGCAGCUUGGUGAGAAGGCAACAACUGUUGGCGCAAUUAUUAGAAAAUGGAAGAAGUUCAAGAUGACGGUCAAUCACCCUCGGUCUGGGGCUCCAUGCAAGAUCUCACCUCGUGGGGCAUCAAUGAUCAUGAGGAAGGUGAGGGAUCAGCCCAGAACUACAUGGCAGGACCUGGUCAAUGACCUGAAGAGAGCUGGGACCACAGUCUCAAAGAAAACCAUUAGUAACACACUACGCCGUCAUGGAUUAAAAUCCUGCAGUGCACGCAAGGUCCCCCUGCUCAAGCCAGCGCAUGUCCAGGCCCGUCUGAAGUUUGCCAAUGACCAUCUGGAAGAUCCAGAGGAGGAAUGGGAGAAGGUCAUGUGGUCUGAUGAGACAAAAAUAGAGCUUUUUGGUCUAAACUCCACUCGCCAUGUUUGGAGGAAGAAGAAGGAUGAGUACAACCCCAAGAACACCAUCCCAACCGUGAAGCAUGGAGGUGGAAACAUCAAUUCUUUGGGGAUGCUUUUCUGCAAAGGGGACAGGACGACUGCACCGUAUUGAGGGGAGGAUGGAUGGGGCCAUGUAUCGUGAGAUCUUGGCCAACAACCUCCUUCCCUCAGUAAGAGCAUUGAAGAUGGGUCGUGGCUGGGUCUUCCAGCAUGACAACGACCCGAAACACACAGCCAGGGCAACUAAGGCUCUAAUCAGUCCCUACACCCAAACGAGGGCAUUGCGUUCAUCCCCCUCUGGCCUGCUGGCUCCCCUUCCUCUGCGGAAGCAUAGUUCCCGCUCAGCCCAGUCAAAACUGUUCGCUGCUCUGGCACCCCAAUGGUGGAACAAGCUCCCUCACGACGCCAGGACAGCGGAGUCACUCACCACCUUCCGGAGACAUUUGAAACCCCACCUCUUUAAGGAAUACCUGGGAUAGGAUGAAGUAAUCCUUCUACCCCCCCCGCCCCCCCAAAAAAAAAAAAAAAAAAUAUAUAUAUAUUUUUUUAUUGUAAAGUGGUUAACCCACUGGCUAUAGGGUGAAUGCACCAAUUUGUAAGUCGCUCUGGAUAAGAGCGUCUGCUAAAUGACUUAAAUGUAAAUGUAAAAACUAAGGAGUGGCUCCGUAAGAAGCAUCUCAAGGUCCUGGAGUGGCCUAGCCAGUCUCCAGACCUGAACCCAAUAGAAAAUCUUUGGAGGGAGCUGAAAGUCCGUAUUGCCCAGCGACAGCCCAGAAACCUGCAGGAUCUGGAGAAGGUCUGUAUGGAGGAGUGGGCCAAAAUCCCUGCUGCAGUGUGUGCAAACCUGGUCAAGACCUACAGGAAACGUAUGAUCUCUGUAAUUGCAAACAAAAGUUUCUGUACCAAAUAUUAAGUUCUGCUUUUCUGAUGUAUCAAAUACUUAUGUCAUGCAAUAAAAUGCACAUUAAUUACUUUUAAAAUCAUACAAUGUGAUUUUCUGGAUUUUUGUUUUAGAUUCCGUCUCUCACAGUUGAAGUGUACCUAUGAUAAAAAUUACAGACCUCUAUAUGCUUUGUAAGUAGGAAAACCUGCAAAAUCGGCAGUGUAUCAAAUACUUGUUCUCCCCACUGUAGGUUGUCUAAGAUAUAAUAGCCUAGACAAAAGCCUGAACCAAAUUUUUGCUGCUUAAUUUAGAAAUGCAAUAAGAUUACUAACCACGUUUUUAUGUGAGUAAAGUCAUAUCGUAUAAAAGAAAAAAGAUCACGGCAGUUGUGAUGGAAACAGGAAGUUUGCGUAAUAAAAAAAAUGGGCACAGAUCAUUUGUUCGUUAGACAAUUUUCAAUUAUGUGGGAAAUGGCGGUGGAAACUAAUAAUAUUGGUUAUUAAAUAUUGAUUUAAAAACCAUCAUAGCGGAAUUACAUUUGGAGUGAUGUGAUAGUGUGUGUGUGUGGUCCUCCCACUACGACUCGGGAAACCAUGCAGCUUAUUAGGCUACAGAUGAAAUAAGUUAUAAUGAACUUCACAGGGUGGCGAAAAUGCACAGUGGUGCGCUUGAUGCUGGUUUCCAAUAAAUAACAAGGGUCUUAAUCUGGUGACGUGCUUGAAUGCAGUUUGAAAAAAAAUCAAAAUAGCCAACCUGCACAGCCUACCCGCACUGUAUCUGCAAGCUGUUGGCUAAAGCGCAGGUGCCAAGACCACAGUAGGCACAUUUUCUAUUUAACACAAGUGUUGUUUUUUUUUGACAAGACUAUCGGUAGAGUUGAAAAUGCGAUGGAAACAUAUUGAACUUUAGAUUUUUAUUGGGUACAUGAACACUGAAGCAAAAAUUUUUAUUUUGUGUGCACUACGUCUUCACACACUGAUUUUUAUCUGCAACAAUAAUUUUGGUGGGAAAAUUCUGAUAUUUAUUUUUAACGAUUCUAGAAUAUUUGCAUGAGAACCCGUCGCCAAUCGGAAUUAUGAGUUUAUUUUGGGGGUUUUGUAAAAAAAAAAAUUGUACUUGGAUCAGGAAAUGACUGCUAGGUCUAAUUUGUAUCUGUUAUUUUGCCUAGUUCCUUUUUUAAGGCUGAUCUUCAUGCUGCUACAUUAAAAAGGAAAUUCUUCAUUCUGACACUAAUGACCUUCUUCCCUGAGUUCUUUGUUGCAUGCCUGAAAGUUAUUCCCAUCUUGAAUGCUCUAAGCUGUCAGUCUUUACAGAGGGUGUCCGCAAUGUGGCACACUGGGUCGAUUUACUUUAGUAGAAUAUGUCUAGUGAGAUCAAUCUCUCUUCAAUAUCAGAUUUGCAACUUCAGUUUACACUAGCCUUGGAUAUGGGUGCAGCUAUUAGCAUACCAUAGUAUAAUGGUCACCAACCUUUUCAGAGUCAAGAUCACUUUUGCAGUCAAAAACAAGCAGAGAUCUACCGCUCAAUUUUGUUGUUGUUGAAACUUGACUUCAAUGAAAAUUAUCAUCAAUAAAAACAGUUCUGUAGGAAUAAGGUUUGUGCAGUAGGCCUAAUACAUUAUCACAGAGUAUUGGCAAUAUGCCUGGUCUGCCAAUAUUGUUAUUCUCAGACCGUAUUAUAUUUAAAGUCAUGAUGUCAGUGAUCUCCAGGUCAGAAAAUCUGAGCUUGAGUUCCUUGAAGUCAGAAGUUGAAGAUUUCAGAGUUCCCAGUUGUUUUGAACACUGCGUUAGUCUCAGCCGAGGGAGAGCGCAGCAGACGGUUCAGUCUCUCACAGACCCUGCUCUCCUUCCAUUCCUCUGGUGAGACUGACCAGAGUGAGGCGACGGUCUUCCACCUGAUGGCGAAAAACUCGAGUCGCACCGAACCUGCCUCAUGCACAAAUUCAUGUUGUUCCUUUGACCAGAGAAGGUGAAAUAUUAUUUGAUAUUAAAAUAGACACGACUAGGCGCUAAUAAUAAAAACUCAGGGCUAUUGAUACACUUGGCUACUCAUUAAUUGCAGCAUGAGUGGAAGUAGGGAGAUGCGCUUUUGUAAUAGUGUUGAAUAAAAACAGACAUGAACUCACUCAUAAAAACAGCAUCUCUUUGCUGUAUUCUUUGAGUCUCACUCUGGUCAAGGUUUUAAAAGUGAUGAAAUCUCAGGUAGGCUGGUAUCGAACUUGCUGUGGCCGGUGUAGUGGAAGCUGUAGGCACAAUUUUGAGCUAUCCGAUUGGCCAGCGCAGUAGGCACACAUUAUUUGGCCCCAGAUCUCCCAGUCCGAAGAGUAGGCGUAGUUUGUCUAGAUGUAAAGGUGAGCAAAAAUGACUAAAAUAAAUAAUUCAAAUAGAGCUAUGUUGUAUGCUGAAAUAUUUUUGAAAUUACUCUAUACAAUUGCUCAGAGAACGGGAUUUUGUUAAACAAGUCAUUUUUUGCUUCUCAAAGAUUGGCCUAAAAAUUUACACCCCUGUUUUCAAUACCUCACCUUGUGAGGAUAACGGCACUGAGGCUUUUUCUAAAACGUUUUAUGGAGUUGGAGAACACAUUGGAAGGGAUCUUAGACCAUUCCUCCAUAAAGAAUCCUUUCAGAUCCUUGAUAUCCCUGGUCUACGCUUAUGGACUGCCCUCUUAAAUUCUACUAAGCUAACAUAUGGAAUUGUUUUAAGAUGGUCAUACCAAGGAUCAUUUAGCUAUUAGAAUUUUAGGACCCCUUUUUAGGUAUCAAAUACAUUAUUGAAUAAAAUAUUCAUUUUGGCCUUUACUACUGAAGCCCAUAGAAACGGAUUGAAUAAUGCAUUCAUAAAUGGCAAAGGAGAGUCAAACAUAAAUCAUAAGAAACAAGGUUUUGAACUGGCCUAAAUCUAGGAGAUAUAAAAAAACGCAGGGGGGAAAAAAUUAUAUAUUUAUUUUUACACAUUUAACCACUUUUUUUUUUUUUGGGGGGGGGGGGGGGGUAAGCACAAAACUACCUACAUACAUCCAUUUGUUUUUUUUUUGUAUCGUUACCUUCAGACGAGUCCCGUGACAGUUGUGGGGGUCGUAGAGCAAAUCCUCUUUCUACAGUGGGGUCCCAUUAGUUUAUAGCCCAAACGGUUAGGACACUACCAAACAGAAGUUGGCACAUUGACAGUACCGAUUUUAGCCGAGUCUCCUGACACUUGUGGGGGUCAUAGAGCAAAACGGAGAACACAUCAUGUUCAUGAGUCUCCCCUUUCCAUAUAGUUUAUCGGUCAAACCGUUCGGAAGCUACAGACGUUUACGCGAGAAGACCAAUUUUUUUUUCUUUUUCGGGAUGUCUCAUGAGCUGACAAACACCGCUAUAGCUCUUUCACCGGAGAUGCGGAAGUGCGACACUGGUGGAUGUGGUGGCUUGAGAUGUAGCCCAUGCAACAAAAUAACAUGUCUAGUUUAAAUUGACCGUUUUUAAAAAUGUAUUUAGAUUAAAGCAACGGUGCAUCAAUCGACUCUAGGGGGUUAACCCACAUCCGGCAGUGUCGUACUUCCGCAUCUGUGGUGAAAGGUGGCAGAGCUAGAGCAGUGUUUGUCAGACCGUGAGACAUCCUGAAAAUCGGUCUUCUCAUGAAACGGAAAUGUCUGUAGCGUCCGAACGGUUUGGCCUACAAACUAUUAUGACCCCUCUAUGGAAAGAACUCUCACGAACACUAUGGUGUUCUCUGUUUUGCUCGUCUGAAGUCGGUACAGCCGAUCUGCAAACUUCUGUCUAGCGUCCGAAAAGUUUGGGCUACACACUAAUUAUGACCCCUGUAUGGAAAGGUGAGUCUCUCACGAACACGUACAUGUCGGUUGUUUUGCUCUAGGACGCCCACAGGUCUAGUCUGAAGGUAGCUGGGUACCCAUUUUAAAAAACGAACGUUUGGACGUAUCUCAUUCCAGGGUUUUUCUUUAUUUGUACUAUUUUCUACAUUGUAGAAUAAUAGUGAAGACAUGAGGUGACUACCUCAUGAAGCUGGUUGAGAGCAUGCCAAGAGUGCGCAAAGCUGUUAUCAAGGCAAAGGGUGGCUGAUUUUGAAAAAUAUAUUUUGAUUUGUUUAACACUGUUGGUUACUACAUAUUCCAUUUGUGUUAUUUCAUAGUUUUGAUGUCUUCACUAUUAUUAUGUAGAAAACAGUAAAAAUAAAGAAACCCUUGAAUGAGUAGCUGUGUCAAACUUUUGACUGGUACUGUAUAUAAGCAGAAAAUAACCCCAUACCUACUGUCAAAUAUGGUGGUGGAUCUUUCAUGAUAUGGGUCUAUUUUGCUUCCACUGGUCCUGGGGCAUCCAGGUCCUGGGGCAUCCAGGUCAACGGCAUCAUAAACUUCAAAUCCCCAAAAAAUUGUCACAUGCUUCGUAAACGGGUGUUGGCUAACAACGAAAUGCUUACGGGCCCUUCCCAACAAUGCAGAGAGACAAUAGAAAAGUAAAACACUGAAGACGGCAGUCUAAGCGUAGUCUAAGGAUCUCGAAGGGUUCUGUAUGGAGGAAUGGUCUAAGAUCCUUCCCAAUGUGUUAUCCAACUCCAUAAAACAUUUUAGAAAGGCUCAGUGCCGUUAUCCUCGACUGGGAGGUAUUUAAAACAAAACCUCUUUCUCUGUAUUAGUAUACAAAUAUAAUUUCCCCUUUUUUAGCAUACAAUAUAGCUCAGUAUUUGAAUUAUUUAUUUUAUAGUCAUAUUUGUUUAGCUUUAUCAAAGGUGUCAAUUUCGGACCCCACUGUAUGUGGUGUAGAUGUCCCCCACACUAUCUCCGGAGGUCGUGUGACAGAGCUCUUAAAGAGAUUUGAAUCUAGAUCCAUCUCUUACACUACAAGUAUCUCUCCUGGACCUAGUUUGUUGUCAAAGUAGUGUAAAGAGGCCCAAUGUUAGGGUCUGUUUCACACCAUUGUAGUGUUUCUUGUUUUCUACCCUGGUGUUUUCUGUCCUCUCAGCCACUGGCAUUGUCCAUUUCACCCUGUGCUACUGUCUCUUUUUCAGAUGACAAUUUUCUUCCUCCUGCUCCGCUUCAACCUCUGAUGCAAUUCCCAAAAGGCAAGUUAUUUUUCCUGGCUGUCUUUGUCCUCCUGCAUCUUCUCUUUUCAGUUCAUGCCUUUACACCUUAAUUACAUUUUGACUGUCUGAUAUGCAUGCCAAGUUUGUUAAAGGUCCAAAUGCAGCUGUUUUUAUAGUAAUGUCAAUUUCUUGGUAGCAAUUAUGUACCUCACUGUAAUAGUUUUCAAUUAAAAUGGUAAAAAAUAAACAAAUUGCUUUUUAGCAACAUUUACCUAAUUUACUGCAUGGGGACGUCACCAGGCAAGCCGACACUCAUCCCAUGAUUAGAAGGUCCUGUGUAAAUUGUAUUUUCAACCAGCAACUAACAGAAAAUAACACUGAUCAAAUUUGUUCACACUUUUAGUGUUUUAUCAACUAUUGUACAAUAUGGUAUAAAACGCAGGAAAACUGCAUUUUGAGUGCACUGGGCCUUUAAGAAUAUUUUACAUAGUAUUUGCAUUUAAGUAACUAACAAAUAAAUAUAGGCUCUAACAUUGUUUGUAUGAUCCUGUAAUGUGAAUCCCUGUGACCAAAGUCCACUUACAGUAGAUAAGACAGAAGACACUAACUUUAUAGUUAAAAGUUUGUGAUGAUUCCCCUCAUUGAUUGCUCCCAUGUAAAAAAAAAAAAAAAGAGACUAUUUCGGUAUACCUCUGAGAUCACUGAUGGGAAACACCACCUCACCUCUGCAGACUGCUGGCAGGGCAUGCCAGGCAUGGCUUGCUAGCGCUGAAGGAAUGGCGUGUGUCUUGAUGUAUUGCAUUUUCCCUCUUUACUCAAGAACUUGGGCAGAAGGGUGAGUCCCCUGCUUCCAUCUCCCCUCUCUCUCGUCUUCACUCUCCUGACUCUCUGGAAGACCUCUCUUUGUCAGAGAGUCCAAAUCCAACAUCUGCUCCAUUGGGCUUCUCCUCCUGGCCUUCUACUGAGACCCCCAAAAUACUGACCAAGGAUAUGACUUGGGAUGAAGAGGGUAACACCAGAUUAGGUUUUUGUAAGAGUGAUGAGGCUAUUGUGAAAGGGUUAGAAACUGCUACCUACACUGAAAGUAAACAUGAUACAAAAAAAUGCCCCGCGAGCGAUGUAGGGUCCAAGUCUCUGUGUGGAGACAGUGGUGUGGUCUCUCCUGAAGAGCAGCUUUGUAGCUCAGUCAGGUCUACUACUCCUUCCCAGUCCCCUAAUAAUCCCCUGAUGACCCCUGAAUCUGACAUUGCACCUGCCUCCUCUAACCCAACAGAGCACUGGGAUUCUCCAUUCUUAGCUUCUCAAGACCCCAGGGCCUCCAUGGAUACGUUCUCCAAGGACUCAGCCUCCAGAGGCUCCUCUGGGUAUGAGCCAGAUAUGCUUGGCCAAUCAGAUGAUGGUGACUUACUGUUUGAGGUGAAGAAGAAUCCAUUCCAGGGCUUUUCCCCUGUAGCAGAUGCUGGGUUCUCCCAUUAUGGGGAUAUCACCUCUGACAGCCAGGCAGCUAAAAUGUCUGAGAGUCCCACCCCAGACCUGGUCCAGUAUGGCCAGGCUGGAGACCCACAAGAUGGCAGCCCACCAUCCUAUUAUGAUGAAACAAAAAUGUAUGAGUCUGUCAAGAUGGCUGCGGAAUCGCUCAUGGAGCCAUUCAAUCAGUUCUCAACCACCCCUAAAGAGAGCGAGGACUCGGCACUUCCACCAUCUCUUCCAGAUAUCUUAAAGCCCUUCCCUUUGAACCCUGACAAAGUGGACUCUGGCUCUUCUGAAGGAAGCACUGAGCCGAGCCCUGCUCCUAUCCGGAAGAUGGUUGAGUCACCCACUGUCCCCGUCACUCUGUCAGCAACAAAUCCCUUUGCUUUCGAUUCCAAAGCUUUACUGCUGAAGGAGCUGACUGAGGAGACCGAAGCAAGAUUAGCUGUGAAGGUGAAGACUGAAGAUAAAGGCUUUAGUGCCUUUGACCUUGUAAAGGAGGCAGAGACUACACCCCAGAGCAAACCACCUGUCCAGAUAGAACAAAAAGAUUGGAUGUUUUCCAGUCAAGAUUCACCCAAAAUGGUGAACAAAUUAGAGCCUCUUAAUUUCCAGACUAGAAAGACCCCUGAAGAUUCUGAUUCUGAGAGUCCUUCAGCAGACUCUCUGUCCCCUGUUCUGGAGGCAAUGGCCAAGAAUCCAGCAAGUUUCCAGGUGGAGUCUGAGAAGAAUGACAUGAAAGUGGAAGAGCCAGAGGGAGCAGAGGAGAUCUCUGAGCCGGAAGUCUCCUCUGAAGAGUUUGAGUUCAUCGAGAGGCCCCCCAGGGGUGUGAUCGAUGAGUUUCUAGAAGCAUUAGAUAGCUCCAAGUUUGCUAAGGCAACAGCGCUUAGUAUGGAUGAAGAUGACAUGAGCUUUGGGCUGAAGGAUGUGGCGUCUGCAAAUAUAGCCCCAGAAGUUAAAGAAGAAUCUCCUAGUCAGAGCUCUUACCUCCUACUCACCCAGAAGGGUAAGGCAGACCUAGAGAAGGCUGAUAUCAAAGGUCCCGCCUCAAAGGCCCCUCUCAUCCACUCACCUGUUCGCAAACCGGAGAUGCUCGCCAAGGACACAGAGGGCCCCAAAAUGGCUCCGAUGCCCAACCUGCGCACCGAAGCAGGUAAUUUCCACAUGGAAGUUCACCACCAGUUUUUUUUAUUUUUAUUUAUUGGUGCAUCAUUUUACUCUCCUUGGUUGUCAUUUCCCUCUAUCACUUUUUUUCUCCCAUAACAGUUUCUCCUCUGCAUCAUCCCUUUUUUAAAAUUAACCAUUACAAUUGGGUGCGUGUGUUGGCAUGAUGUUGGUUUCAUGAUCUUGGUUUUCAUAUUCAGUCGUUCAUCUGCCCCCCCAUUUAGAUUAGUAUAUUGUCAGUCUCAUAAUUGUUGUAUUUUGCAAUCCAUUCUCUUGAUGUAGUAAGUACUGAAGGAAUUUAUCAUGACUUCUCUGUGCAGAAACUGAAUAAAAAUGUGCGGGGGGGGGGUUGUUAUGUUCCAAAGAGAUUGUUAAAAUGACAUUGACACAACACAAUCCAUUUUAUAUGAAGAUAUACAGUGCCUUCAAAGUAUUCACACCCCUUGACUUUCUCCACAUUUUGUUACAGCCUGCAUUUAAAAUUGAUUAAAUUGAGAUUUUCUUUUGUCACUGACCUACACACACAAUAACCCAGAAUGUCAAAGUGGAAUUAUGCUUUUUGAAAUUUGUACAUAUUAAUACAAAAUUAGGCUGAAAUGUCGUGAGUCAGUAAGUAUUCAACCCCUUUAUGGCAAGCCUAAAAUAAGUUCAGGAGUACUAUUUUGCUUAAGUUGCAUGUUUAACAUGAUUUUUGAAUGACUACCUUCUCUCUUUACCCCAUACAUACAAUUAUCUGUAAGGUCCCUCUGUUGAGCAGUGAAUGUCAUCACACAGAUUCAACCAUAAAGACCAGGGAGGUUUUCCAAUGCCUCGCAAAGAAGGGUACCUAUUGGUAGAUGGGUUAAAAAAAAAGCAGACAUUGAAUAUCCCCUGGAGCAUGGUGAAGUUAUUAAUUACACUUUGGAUGGAGUAUCAAUACACCGUCACUACAAAAAUACAGGCGUCCUUCCUAACUGUUGUCGGAGAGGAAGGAAACCACUCAGGGAUUUCCCCAUCAGGCCAAUGGUGACUUUAACAGUUUUAAUGGAUAUGAUAAGAUGGAACUGAGGAUGGAUCAACAACAUUGUAGUUACUCCACAAUACUAACCUAAUUGAAAGAGUGAGAAGAAGGAAGCCUGUACAGAAUAAAAAUAUUCAAAAACAUGCAUCCUGUUUGCAACAAGGCACUAAAGUAAUACUGCAAAAAAUGUGGCACAGCAAUUAACUUUUUGUUGUGAAUACAGUGUGUUAUUUAGGGCAAUUACUAUGCAUUACAUUUACAUUUUACAUUUUAGUCAUUUAGCAGACGCUCUUAUCCAGAGCGACUUACAGGAGCAAUUAGGGUUAAGUGCCUUGCUCAAGGGCACAUCGACAGAUUUUUCACCUAGUUGGCUCGGGGAUUAGAACCAGCGACCUUUCGGUUACUGGCACAAUGCUCUUAACCACUAAGCUACCUGCCGCCCAUUACUGAGUACCACUACAUAUUUUCAAGCAUAGUGGUGGCUGCAUCAUGUUAUGGGUAUGCUUGUAAUUUAAGGACUAGAGUUCUUUUCAGGAUAAAAAAAAAACUAUGGAGUUAAGCACAGGCAAAAUCCUAGCGGUAAACCUAGUUCAGUCUGCUUUCCAGCAGACACUUUCAGCAGGACAAUAACCUAAAACACAAAGACAAAUCUACUUUUGAGUUGCUUACCAAGAAAACAGUGAAUGUUCCUGAGUGGCCAAGUUAGUUUUGACUUAAAUCUACUUGAAAUCUAUGGCAAGACCUGAAAAUUGUUCUCGUAAUGAACAAGAACCAAUUUGACAGAGCUUGAAGAAUUUUGAAAAGCAUAAUGGGCAAAUGUUGCACAAUACAGGUGUGGAAAGGUCUUAGACUUAGACUGCCAAAGGUGCUUCUACAAAGUAUUGACUCUGGGUGUGAAUACGUACACUACCGGUCAAAGGUUUUAGAACACCUACUCAUUCAAGGGUUUUUAUUUUAUUUUUUACUAUUUUCUACAUUGUAGAAUAAUAGUGAAGACAUCAAAACUAUGAAAUAACACAUAUGGAAUCAUGUAGUAACCAAAAAAAAUAAAAGUGUUAAACAAAUCAAAAUAUAUUUUAGAUUUUUCAAAAUAGCCACCCUUUGCCUUUGUGCAAAGCUGUCAUCCUCUUGGCAUUCUCUCAACCAGCUUCAUGAGGUAGUCACCUGGAAUGCAUUUCAAUUAACAGGUGCCUUCUUAAAAGUUCAUUUGUGGAAUUUCUUUCCUCCUUAAUGCGUUUGAGCCAAUCAGUUGUGUUGUGACAAGGUGGGGGGGGGGGGUGGUAAUACAGAAGAUGACCCUAUUUGGUAAAAGACCAAGUCCGUAUGGCAAGAACAGCUCAAAUAAGCAGAGAAACGACAGUCCAUCAUUACUUUAAGACAUGAAGGUCAGUCAAUACAUACAAUGUCAAGAACUUUGACGUUUCUUCAGGUGCAGUUGAAAAAACCAUAAAGCGCUAUGAUGAAACUGGCUCUCAUGACCACCACAGGAAGGGAAGACCCAGAGUUAUCUCUGCUGCAGAGGAUAAGUUCAUUAGUUACUAGCCUCAGAAAUUGCAGCCCAAAUAAAUGCUUCAGAGUUCAAGUAACAGACACAUCUCAACAUCAACUGUUCAGAGGAGACUGUGAAUCAGGCCUUCAUGGUCAAAUUGCUGCAAAGAAGCCACUACUAAAGGACACCAAUAAGAAGAGACUUGCUUGGGCCAAGAAACACAAGCAAUGGACAUUAGACCGGUGGAAAUUUGUCCUUUGGUCUGCAGUCCAAAUUUGAGAUUUUUGGUUCCAACCGCCGUGUCUUUGUGAGAUGCGGUGUGGGUGAACGGAUGAUCUCUGCAUGUGUAUUUCCCACUGUAAAGCAUGGAGAUGGUGUGGAGGUGCUUUGCUGGUGACACUGUCUGUGAUUUAUUUAGAAUUCAAGGCACACUUAACCAGCAUGGCUACCACAGCAUUCUGCAGCGAUACGCCAUCCCAUCUGGUUUGGACUUAGUCCCACUAUCAUUUGUUUUUCAACAGGACAAUGACCCAACACACCACCUGGCUGUGUAAGGGCUAUUAUACCAAGAAAGCGAGUGAUUGAGUGCUGCAUCAGAUGACCUGGCCUCCCCCGACCACAACCAAAUUUACAUUUUAGUAAUUUAGCAGACGCUCUUAUCCAGAGCGACUUACAGUUAGUGAGUGCAUACAUUUUCAUACUGGCCCCCCGUGGGAAUCGAACCCACAACCCUGGCGUCGCAAACACCAUGCUCUACCAACUGAGCUACAUGGGACUAAUUGAGAUGGUUUGGGAUGAGUUGGACCGCAGAGUAAAGGAAAAGCAGCCAACAAGUGCUCCACAGAUGUGGGAACUCCUUCAAGACUGUUGGAAAAGCAUUCCAGGUGCAGCUGGUUGAGAGAAUGCCAAGAGUGUGCAAAGGGUGGCUAUUUUGAAAAAUGUAAAAUAUAUUUUGAUUUGUUUAACACUACUUUUUUUUCUUCUUUUUUUUGGUUACUACAUGAUUCCAUAUGUGUUAUUUCAUAGUUUUUAUGUCUUCACUAUUAUUCUACAAUGUAGAAAAUAGUAAAAAUAAAGAAAAACCCUUGAAUGAGUAGGUGUUCUAAAACAUUUGACCGGUAGUGUAUGUAAAUGAGAUUAUUUUCAAUACAUUUGCUAAAAUGUCUAAACAUGUUUUCAUUAUGGGGUAUUGUGUGUAGAUAGGUGAGAGAAUCUAUUCAAUCAAUUUUGAAUUCUGGCUGUAACAACUAAAUGUGGAGUAAGUCAAUGGGUUCUAAAGGCACUGUAGCUUACAUUUCAGCCAUCUAGUAAUAUUUGAAUGCCUGUCAUUACAUUCAUAGACAUGCAGUAUCUCUUGUGAACACCCAUUUUUCAUAAUACACCUGGUUAGAAAAUGAGCUGAUCUACAAUUACAUUUUUGCUUCUUGCCAAGUGGUUUGAAUGGUACUACAUGGGGCCUGGUAAGAACUGCCUCCCAUGGGAACAGGUUGUGGCAGUUAGCGGUCCUGACUGUCUUGCCCCCACAGUGGUUUUAGUUUGCCCAGAGCGUUUUUCUCUGUGGAAUUAGAUUAACUCUGUAAACCGUGGAUUGCUGUGUAUUGGCCAAUGAGAGGCUUUGAAGCCACCGGUCGGCCAUAUUGGCACUCCCCAGAAGAAACAGUCCUCCAUAGGAAUGAAUGGAAUUCUAGUGUUUCAAGGACAAAAUUACAUGUAUUUAAGUGGGGGCAGUAACAUUAGAACGUUAAAAAAAUUAUACUUUAAGGAAAAUGUUUAAGUAUAUUUUUUAUGUUUAGUUCACAUACUAUAAUUUACAAGUAUGCAUUAAUGUGUCUGUAAUGGAGUAAAUGUGGCAAGAACAAGUGUGUGUAUACAUUUUCUAUAGCUUCCCCUCACCGGGUGCACAUUUUUUCUCCUAGCACUACACAGCUGAUUGAAUUAAUCAGCUCAUCAAGCUUUUGAUUAUUUGAAUCAGCUGUGUAGCGCUAGGGCAAAUAACAAAACGUGCACCCAGGGAGGGCCCCAGGACAAAGUUAGGGAAAUCCUGAUUGUGUGUGUCAUUGAUAUCACCCAGCUCUACUCUGUCUGGUUUUAGCCCUUGCUGAAAAUAACCAGAGAUAUGAAACUGUACACCACCUUGUAGGCCCCAUGGCCUUUGAGCCCACAUGUCCUAAUAAACCCUACCCAGCUUAGCAAAAAAUGUCCAUAUGUUUAGGAAGGCUUACUGCACUGGGACAGUGGCCUUCUGAUUUUAGUACAUUUUUUUUUUUUUAUUCUUAUUUUUUUUUUUUUGUUGCAUGAUUGCCGUUAGGCUAAAGACUUUACAUAUGAAUGGCUCAGUCGUACCUUGCUGGUUAUUCACCCUGUGAUUCACACCGAUAUCAGUAGAGUGCAGAUAUUUUAUUUAUUUGAUUGGAACAUUGCUCUGAGCAAGGCUGGCGGACCCCCAGACAAUGUGUGAGGAAUCGGCCCGUAAAAAAGGCCCUGCCUGCAUUGCGACACCAGCCGAUGAAGAAUAGAGCUUGUCAGCAAGUGUUCCCUUAUUUGUUCGACUGGAAAUGCAAUACCAUCUGAAACAUCACCCCUGCCCUCUCAUUCGCAAAACCCCCUUAGUGAGAUUGCGGGUUGUUUGAAUCCACAGAACUGUAGUAAACGACCACACUAUAAUUAAUGAAUUAAUCAGUCACCCAUAGUCUAUCUUCAGUAUGACUACACCCUUAUGCUAGAAAAAGUUACCUCCCAUUUAUCUAAGUGACUCCUGCUGUAGUGCUGAGUGUGAAUAUACUUGGAGCUGACCCAUUUUGUCAACUCUCUAAGAGACUUGCUGAAAACACAACGUGAUUUAUAAAUUAUUUGAAACAAAGAUUAGUAAACCUAGGCAGACUUAAGUGAAAUGAGUGAGGUGCCCUCUAGUGGACUAAUACAACAAUCACCAUUUUCUUAUGUGAUUUAAGACUGACUACUGAUGAGGGUUGAUUUGGUGAUGACCAAAUCAUUGUUUGGCUGAUUUGAUAUGGUACACAGUUUUUAAGAUGGACUUUGACUCUGAUCAACAUAAUUGAGUAAUAUUACAUUAAUUUAAGUGCAGUAAUGGUCUGAUUGGAUGUCAGAUGCUUUCUAGAGCAUGAGGUUAGAUUUUGGAGUAUUUUAAUUGUUUAAUGUAACUUUCAAACUUUUGGAGGCAAUUCAGAGGGCAUUAAAAAUGAACAGUCACAGUACACGCUGUAGUGUAGUUUAAAGGUAGUGGGAUAGUCUAUCUAAUCUAUGCACUUGUAGUCCCUACAGAGACCGUUGGGUGGAGUCACCUACUCACUGCUUUGUCAUCCAUGUGGUGAUGAGAGGGAGGGAAAAGCACAUGUACAUUUGCGCAAGGGGAGGGAGAGUAUCUGACUGGGAGAUAAGGGGGAGUGAGUUAGAUGGGGAGUUUAUAGUCGCUGCGUCAGUGCGUUAGACGUGCCAGCAGACAGUCAGCUGACCUCAGUCCUACAGCCUGAGAGGAAGAGAAAAGGGGGGAGGGAGAGCGCAGUAGUACUGCAGUCAUCUCACAGGAGGAAGGUUUGGUUGUCCCUCAUCUUCCACCCCGGUCCCCGCACCCCACCCGCCUCCAGCCCAACACACCACAUGCUGUCUGGAAUGCCCUGCUGAUACCUACACAGCGGCUCUAUCAUGGAAAACGGAAAAACUGAAAACGGAGACACCCAGCCUCCGCCACAGUGGAAAGAUAAGGGUAUCCCUCUUACUUAUUUUACUGUUGCGGUAACCUUUUCUGAAUUUUUUUAGUAGUGAUGGCAAAUAUGUUUUUAAUUUGUGAAAUUAAAAGUAGUCCAUUUGUUUUUAAAGGGUGGUUAUUAAACAAUGCACAGGUAUUGUUGACAUUCGUAGUAUGUUACUGGUAAUGACUUUGGUAGUUUUGAGUGGGUUGCUUGUCCCAUCCAGCCAUGCAUUCCAUUUUCUCUAUGAAUGUAGCCCCGUGUAGCUCAGUUGGUAGAGCAUGGCGCUUGCAACGCCAGGGUUUUGGGUUUGAUUCCCACGGGGGGCCAGUUUGAAAAAAAAAAAAAAUAUGUAUGCACUCACUAACUGUAAGUCGCUCUGGAUAAGAGCGUCUGCUAAAUGACUAAAAUGUAAAAUGAAUGUGUAGCCAUCCGUAAAUAAAUAACAGAUUGUUGGUAACCAGUGGGACUGUUAAAGCCACACACAAAAAUCUACAAUUUUCUCUGGUUUUCUAAUGUGUAAUACACUAUCCUGGCAGAUACCCGUCAGCGUUACUCUGACCAAAGGUUGAAAGUCUUUCCAAAGGUGCAUGGUGGGAGGAGGGGUGUUGAGCAAAAGCGACAAGUGUAAUAGUUGUUUAAUGAUUCCUGGAGGUGACUCACCACUGCCUGGUCCGGUGCUCCCAGUGCACCAGGGGUCUCUAACCCCUCUGACAAGUGCUGCUGAGUUCAGGACCAGCCUUCAGCCUUAGUCUUCUGACUAGGAUUUAUGAAGGUGUAUUAGUAAAUUGUUCAGCAUGUGCAACAGCAAUAAAAAAAGUCUGUGUGCCUAGUGGUUAAGAGUGUUGGGCAAGUAACCGAAAGGUCGCUGGGUCGUAUCCCAAAGCAGACUAGGUGAAAAAUCGUAACCCUAAUUGCUCCUGUAAGUCGCUCUGGAUAUGAGCGUCUGCUAAAUGACUAAAAUGUAUGUAUGGAUUCACACUUAGCCUAUAUGGCAAGCACCAGAGGAGCCAUGUGGCUUAUGGCAGAAAAGGUCUUCUGGUGUUUUCCAGGCCCAGUUGUAGCCAUCCUUUAGCUCAGACGGGGACAUUGGUUGCCUGAGCCUCACACUGGUGCUGUGGCUGUGCUCACGUCUGCUGAUUUGUCAUGUGUGCUACUGCCAUUGCAUCAUUCUGGGAUGCAGCAUGGCAAUUCACACAUUGCAACAGAAAGGGAAUUGUGCUCAAAGGGCCUCUUUCAACUAUUUGACUAAAUGGUAUGUCAUCCAUUCUACCAUCUGGCUGCGCACCAUCAGUUGAGCAUGAAAGAGGCACUUGGAUAGGGUAUGAGUGUAGUAGGCUACUACCAGCCUGAGUCACUCAGUGACUAAGCAGUAUUGGGCUGAGAUAAUUAGUUUUAGCGGGUAAGCAUAUUGUUUGUUUCUUUGAACUGGGCAUGAUAGUGUGCAUGGAUUUCCAUUGGACAUGUGCUCUGAUGUAGGAGUUUGAAUAGGACUGUUUCUGGCUAGGGCAUUAUGGCUAUGAACUCACUGCCAGACCAUUGUAGUGGUUAAAUAUUGACCCACUGCUGCAAAUGGGCUGUAUGCAAGAUUUUCAAUACAUUGCAAAUUGCCUGUGGUGGGCAGUUUCUACUUUUGUUGGAAUUGGUAUUUUAUUAAAACAUGGCUUUGUAAUAAACUUCUGAUUUUAGAUUUGACCAGUUGUCGGUCACAACUAUGCACUGUUGCGUUAUCUUGAUAAAGCUGGUCAACAUUUGCAGUUAUGAUUUAUGUAACAUUUUCCACACCACCUACUCCCCCUUUUCCAAUAUUUUCAUUCCGUUUCGAAACCAAAUGACUAUUCAUACAAAGCUCUACCACUCUUCCCUAGAAUAAAGCUCAUUCACAUAUUUGCAUUGGGCACGUAUUGAAACUUCAACAUAAUUAGAAAGGGCUGAGGCGCUGCAGAGCUGCGCAUAAUGAUCGGACCUCACAUCGCUAGCUGAACUAGUUAGGUACUGAAUGCUAGGAGGCUCAAAAUGGAUGCCGAACGGGGUAAGCGCUGUCAUUCUCUUGUGUACGAUGCUGCCGUUUCAUAUCACAUUUAUAUUCGAUUGUAUCGCCAUUUGAAUUAACCACUUUGCUUGACCAACGCUAGGCGGGAGGCGGAUGGGUAGGAAUUGAGCUGUGCAUGGCAUAUGCAGAGGCCCAGCUAGGUCAAACUGGACAUUUUAUCGUGAUGGGGCUACGCUGAGAUGACACAUGGCGUCAUGUACGAUUCAUAGCCAUUUCCCUGUUUAUCCAUCUCCCCCCGUGGAGAUGUAUACGGAAGGACUUGAUUAAAACAUGGCGUGUUUAUUCGCUAUAUAUAUGAUGAGAUCAGCGCGGUUAAUAUGCCUGGGCUAUUUUAGGUUCCCCCACAGAUGCUAGUUCAUGCUUACCAUAUGUACGGUAGACACGCGUUCGGACUGAAAUAACCGCUUCACGGUUGCACAUGAGCUAUUAUUGCUAGCAACAUUCUAGACAAAGGGUCCUGGUGACGUAAAUGUUGGCGCUAGUUACUAGUAACUGGCUAAUAGGCUAGCUAGCUAUAUAUUAAACGAGAUGUAGCCGAGCUAUCUAGCUAAGUUAGCAGCUAACAUUGGCGUUUGGGAGAAAUUAAAAGCUUAGCGUUACUGCCUAAAAAACGACACCCCACGCGUGGUCCAUAAAGGGUCUGACUUGCACCUCUGAUUUUGAUUCCUCUCGAGAAGCAUUCUUGUGAUUUUGACAGUGAAGUGUGUCCCUAGGCUGGCUAAAACUGCUGAUGCUGCUUAUGAUUCUGCUCCUGCAGUGCAUUUAGGCAUUUUACUUGUCUAUAAUUGUCAGCUAUAUGAUCAUCAAUUCAAUCACAUUGAUGCAUCAGACUUAGCUUUGGUAUGAAUUACAUGAUAUGAUUAUCUAUUUGACAAACUUGUCAAAUGUGAUUUGGGUUUUCCACUAUAAGCUCAUUCAUUGCUUGUUAAGCCAUUUGAAAUCUGGUAGCCUGCCAAGUCAUUGCACAUUGAAGACUCAAGCAAUGUCUGAAAUGCGUCUGCAAUUAGGAAAUCGAUGUAAAAGAGACAUCUAAUAUUGUAUACUGACCUGCUAGGAAUUCCUGGUGAAACACAAGCAUGGGUCUGUCCUGCCCCCAGCUGUCUGUUAGCCACCCCACCCCACCACCACCCCCUGGUCACUCAAUCUUAAAAAAGAAACAGGUCUUAGGUCUAUACCAUGGCUAUGAAUGGACCUGGACUAGCUGCAUUACCUGCAGUGGAAUACUGGUAUUCCAACAGUAAACUAAACAUGUCAGCUGCAGGGAACACCAGGGAUUCCCUUUUAGUGCAGUGAAGUAGUGUGGCUAGUAGCUAAUUAUCUGCAGACAAAUAAUUAAGACGCAAAUUCAAUCGGGUGUUUAAUUUUUCAUAGAAUUCCCCCUUUUCAUUCCACCUCCACAUCACCACCAUGAUCUAGCUUAUCUGAAUUGUUUUUUUGUGUCCUGCAGCUUUCUGACCCUGUUCCUUCUCUCCUGCAGUGGUAGAGCUCCUGUACUGGCGCGAUGUCAAGACCUCUGCCGUGGUGUUUGGCGCUGGCCUCUCCCUGCUGCUCUCCCUGACACUUUGCAGCAUCGUCAGCGUCUCAUCCUACAUCGGUCUGGCGCUCCUCUCCGUCACCAUCUGCUUCAGGAUAUACAAGGGGAUCCUGCAGGCCAUCCAGAAGUCUGAUGAAGGGCACCCAUUCAAGUGAGUAACCCACUUCUCAAUAUUAGUGGUUGAAAAACUACCCAAUUGUCACACUAAUAGAAAAUGACUUAAGUGAAAGUCACCCAGUAAAAUACUACUUGAGUAAAAGUAUUUGGUUUUAAAUAUACUUAAGUAUUAAAUGUAAUUGCAAAAAUAUACUUAAGUAUCAAAAGUAAAAGUGUAAAUCAUUUCAAAUUACUUCUAUUAGGCAAUCCAAACGGCACAAUUUUAUUUUUAUUUCUUAUUGACGGCUAGUCAAGGUCACACCAACACUCAGACAGCAUUUACAAAUGAAGCAUUUGUUUUUUGAGUCUGCCAGAUCAGAGGCAGUAGGGAUGACCAGGGAUGUUCUCUUGAUAAGUGUGUGAAUUUGACCAUUUUCCUGUCCUGUUAAGCAUUCAAAAUGUAACAAGUACUUUUGGGUGUCAGGGAAAAUUAUUUUCUUUAGGAAUGUAGUAAAGUAAAAGUUCUCAAAAAUAAAAAUGGUAAAGUACAGAUACCCCCAAAAACUACUUAAGUAAUACUUUAAAGUAUUUUUACUUAAGGACUUUACACCACUGCUCAACAUACACCAUGAUGUAUUGCAGAAAACAUCUAUUACAUACAUCAUGCAUGCAUUUGCCUCCUCACCUGCUCUCUGGAGUAUCUUGGCAUCUCACAUUUCCAAUACCCCAGCCAUGUGGGCCAGUAGAAGAAUGUAAGACCAUGGACCAGUAGAAUAAUGUAAGAUCAUGGACCAGUGAUCAUUAUACCAAGGCAGUAUUCCUGAAGAGUAUCCAUUUAGUCAAUUCAGGAAUUGAAUUGCAGCUAAUUGACUGAAUUGAAACACCACAUCUGUUUUAGGAAUCAGGCAAUUUGAACAUGAAUCCAGCUACUGGUUAAUUGAUAAAGUUGGAGUACAAUUUUGUCCUGAUUUAGAUGAUUGGGUUACAGAAGUAGAUGUAUUCCCAGCCAAGGAGCGACAUGGCUCUUAUUUGAGUAAACAUUGUGACUCUGUCACACAGAGAGCUUCUACUCUGGUUAUCCCCGUUCCUGGCAGUGGCUCAAAGCCUUCUUAUGAGUUCUCACCAACCACUCGUUAACAUUGAAUUAUCUUGGUUUAAGAUUACAGGGAAAGUGACUAGUGCUCAGAAAAGCAUAACUAAGCCGGUCAAGUGUGGUUCUUGGCUUUGCGUUCUUAGAAAUCAAUCUAACGUGCAAACAGAAGGCCAACCACUCUCCUCGACAACCUAUGUGCUUAAGAGGUUAUUGUAGACCCCUCACCCAUGUUUUGUGUUGAGGUUGAAAUCUAAUUUUAUUGGUCGCAUACACAUUUUGCAGGUAUAGCGAAACACUUAUGUUCCUAGCUCUAACAGUGCAGUAAUACCUAACAACACAUGCAAAUAAAAAAAGGAAUUAAGAAAAAUAGAAAUAUUAGAACGAGCAAUGUCAGUCUGGAAAAUAUAUAUAUAUAUACAGUGGGGAGAACAAGUAUUUGAUACACUGCCGAUUUUGCAGGUUUUCCUACUUACAAAGCAUGUAGAGGUCUGUAAUUUUUAUCAUAGGUACACCUCAACUGUGAGAGACGGAAUCUAAAACAAAAAUCCAGAAAAUCACAUGGUAUGAUUUUUAAGUAAUUAAUUUGCAUUUUAUUGAGUAUUUGAUCACCUACCAACCAGUAAGAAUUCCGGCUCUCACAGACCUGUUAGUUUUUCUUUAAGAAGCCCUCCUGUUCUCCACUCAUUACCUGUAUUAACUGCACCUGUUUGAACUCGUUACCUGUAUAAAAGACACCUGUCCACACACUCAAUCAAACAGACUCCAACCUCUCCACAAUGGCCAAGACCAGAGAGCUGUGUAAGGACAUCAGGGAUAAAAUUGUAGACCUGCACAAGGCUGGGAUGGGCUACAGGACAAUAGGCAAGCAGCUUGGUGAGAAGCCAACAACUGUUGGCGCAAUUAUUAGAAAAUGGAAGAAGUUCAAGAUGACGGUCAAUCACCCCUCGGUCUGGGGCUCCAUGCAAGAUCUCACCUCGUGGGGCAUCAAUGAUCAUGAGGAAGGUGAGGGAUCAGCCCAGAACUACACGGCAGGACCUGGUCAAUGACCUGAAGAGAGCUGGGACCACAGUCUCAAAGAAAACCAUUAGUAACACACUACGCCGUCAUGGAUUAAAAUCCUGCAGCGCACGCAAGGUCCCCCUGCUCAAGCCAGCGCAUGUCCAGGCCCGUCUGAAGUUUGCCAAUGACCAUCUGGAUGAUCCAGAGGAGGAAUGGGAGAAGGUCAUGUGGUCUGAUGAGACAAAAAUAGAGCUUUUUGGUCUAAACUCCACUCGCCGUGUUUGGAGGAAGAAGAAGGAUGAGUACAACCCCAAGAACACCAUCCCAACCGUGAAGCAUGGAGGUGGAAACAUCAUUCUUUGGGGAUGCUUUUCUGCAAAGGGGACAGGACGACUGCACCGUAUUGAGGGGAGGAUGGAUGGGGCCAUGUAUCACGAGAUCUUGGCCAACAACCUCCUUCCCUCAAUAAGAGCAUUGAAGAUGGGUCGUGGCUGGGUCUUCCAGCAUGACAACGACCCGAAAACACACAGCCAGGGCAACUAAGGAGUGGCUCCGUAAGAAGCAUCUCAAGGUCCUGGAGUGGCCUAGCCAGUCUCCAGACCUGAACCCAAUAGAAAAUCUUUGGAGGGAGCUGAAAGUCCGUAUUGCCCAGCGACAGCCCUGAAACCUGAAGGAUCUGGAGAAGGUCUGUGUGGAGGAGUGGGCCAAAAUCCCUGCUGCAGUGUGUGCAAACCUGGUCAAGACCUACAGGAAACGUAUGAUCUCUGUAAUUGCAAACAAAGGUUUCUGUACCAAAUAUUAAGUUCUGCUUUUCUGAUGUAUCAAAUACUUAUGUCAUGCAAUAAAAUGCAAAUUAAUUACUUAAAAAUCAUACAAUGUGAUUUUCUGGAUUUUUGUUUUAGAUUCCGUCUCUCACAGUUGAAGUGUACCUAUGAUAAAAAUGACAGACCUCUAUAUGCUUUGUAAGUAGGAAAACCUGCAAAAUCGGCAGUGUAUCAAAUACUUGUUCUCCCCACUGUAUGUGUAUGUAUAUAUAUUUAUUUAUUUAUAUUACCAGUCAAACGUUUGGAAACCUACUAAUUUCAAGUUUUUUUUUAUUUUUACUCUUUUUUUACAUUGUAGAAUAAUGGUGAGGACAUCAACUAUGAAAUAACACACAUGGAAUCCUGUAGUAACCAAAAAAGUGUUAAACAAAGGCAAAUAUAUUUUAUAUUUGAGAUUCUUCAAAUAGCCACCAUUUGCCUUGAUGACAGCUUUGCACACUCUUGGCGUUCUCUCAAUCAGCUGCACCUGGAAUGCUUUUCCAACAGUCUUGAAGGAGGUCCCACAUAUGCUGAGCAUUUGUUGGCUUCUUUUCCUUCACUCUGCCGUCCGACUCAUCCCAAACAGUCUCAAUUGGGUUGAGGUCGGGGGAUUGUGGAGGCCAGUUCAUAUGAUGCAGCACUCAUCACUCUCCUUUUUAAAAUAGCCCUUACACAGCCUGGAGGUGUGUUGGGUCAUUGUCCUGUUGAAAAACAAAUGAUAGUCCCACUAAGCCCAAACCAAAUGGGAUGGCGUAUCGCUGCAGAAUGCUGUGGUAGCCAUGCUGGUUAAGUGUGCCUUGAAUUCUAAAUACAUUUACAUUUACGUCAUUUAGCAGACGCUCUUAUCCAGAGCGACUUACAAAUUGGUGCAUUCACCUUAUAGCCAGUGGGAUAACCACUUUACAAUUUUUUUGGGGGGGGAGUGGUGUAAGGGGGGGUAGAAGGAUUACUUUAUCCUAUCCCAGGUAUUCCUUAAAGAGGUGGGGUUUCAAGUGUCUCCGGAAGGUGGUGAGUGACUCCGCUGUCCUGGCGUCGUGAGGGAGCUUGUUCCACCAUUGGGGUGCCAGAGCAGCGAACAGUUUUGACUGGGCUGAGCGGGAACUGUGCUUCCGCAGAGGUAGGGGGGCCAGCAGGCCAGAGGUGGAUGAACGCAAUGCCCUCGUUUGGGUGUAGGGACUGAUCAGAGCCUGAAGGUACGGAGGUGCCGUUCCCCUCACAGCUCCGUAGGCAAGCACCAUGGUCUUGUAGCAGAUGCGUGCUUCAACUGGAAGCCAGUGGAGUGUGCGGAGGAGCGGGGUGACGUGAGAGAACUUGGGAAGGUUGAACACCAGACGGGCUGCGCCAUUCUGGAUGAGAUGUAGGGGUCUAAUGGCACAGGCAGGGAGACCAGCCAACAGCGAGUUGCAGUAAUCCAGACGGGAGAUGACAAGUGCCUGGAUUAGGACCGCUUCCUGUGUAAGGCAGGGUCGUACUCUCCGAAUGUUGUAGAGCAUGAACCUACAGGAUCUGUGUCACCAGCAAAGCACCCCCAUACCACCACCUCCUCCAUGCUUUACAGUGGGAACUACACAUGCAGAGAUCAUCCGUUCACCCACUGCGUCACACAAAGACAUGGCGGUUUAACCAAAAAUCUCCAAUUUGGACUCUAGACCAAAGGACACAUUUCCACUGGUCUAAUGUUCAUUGCUCGUGUUUCUUGACCCAAGCAGGUCUUUUCUUCUUAUUGGUGUCCUUUUGUAGUGGUUUCUUUGCAGCAAUUCGACCAUGAAGGCCUGAUUCACGAAGUCUCCUCUGAACAGUUGAUGUUGAGAUGUCUGUUACUUGAACCCUAAAGCAUUUAUUUGGGCUGCAAUUUCUGAGGCUGGUAACUCUAAUGAACUUAUCCUCUGCAGCAGAGGUAACUCUGGGUCUUCCAUUCCUGUGGCGGUCCUCAUGAGAGCCAGUUUCAUCAUAGCGCUUGAUGGUUUUUGCAUCUGCACUUGAAGAAACCUUCAAAGUUCUUAAUUUUCCGUAUUGACUGACCUUCAUGUCUCAAAGCAAUGAUGGACUGUCGUUUCACUUUGCUUAUUUGAGCUGUUCUUGCCAUAAUAUGGACUUGGUCUUUUACCAAAUAGGGCUGUCUUCUGUAUACCAGCCCUACCUUGUCACAACACAACUGAUUGGCUCAAACGCAUUAAUUUGUGGAAUUUCUUUCCUUAACUUUUAACAAGGCACAACUAUUAAUUGAAAUGCAUUCCAGGUGAAGCUGGUUGAGAGAAUGCCAAGAGUGUGCAAAGCUGUCAUCAAGGCAAAGGGUGGCUAUUUGAAGAAUGUCAAAUAUAAAAUAUAUUUUGAUUUGGUAUGUGUUAUUUCAUAGUUUUGAUGUCUUCACUAUUAUUGUACAAUGUAAAAAAUUAAUAAAAACCCUUGAAUGAGUAGGUGUCCAAACUUUUGACUGUAUCCAUUGCAAAUUUUUGUUAAAUCUGCAUCUCUACAUGUAUGACUUCCAUUCCAGUGUCUGUUGAAUUCCAACACAGGCACACCUCAUUCUACUGAAUUAGGUGAUCACCUGAACCAAAUCUUAUUUAAUGAGGAAAAGUAUAAAAACCACUGCUGUGCUCAUCACUAUCCUCUUGCAAUAGGACCAGCUGGAUGGCAAAAACAGUGCUAAUAGUACCUCAAAAGUAAUAUUAAUCAAAAAAGAACUGUUGACCAUGCCAAAAGAGUUGAAAAGGAAAGUUUUGAGUGAGGAAAAGAAGGGUUCAAUUCUGGCUUUACUGGCAGAGGGAUACAGUGAGCGUCAGGUUGCUUCCAUCCUUAAAAUGUCUAUGACGGCGGUUCAUAGCAAGUUCAAGCAGCAGACAUUGGGGACAACAAAGCUACAGACCGGCAGAGGGCGAAAACGACUCUCUACUGACCAGGAUGACCGCCAACUCAUUCGAAUGUCACUCAACAACCGUAGGAUGACAUCAAGUGACCUACAAAAAGAAUGGCAAACGGCAGCUGGGGUGAAGUGCACGGCGAGGACGGUUCGAAACAGGCUCCUAGGGGCAGGGCUGAAGUCGUGCAAAGCUAGAAAAAAGCCCUUCAUCAAUGAGAAGCAAAGAAGAGCCAGGCUGAGGUUUGCAAAAGACCAUAAGGAUUGGACCGUAGAGGAUUGGAGUAAGGUCAUCUUCUCUGAUGAGUCCAAUUUUCAGACCAGGUUAGACAGAGACCUGGAGAGGCCUACAAGCCACAGUGUCUCGCACCCACUGUGAAAUUUGGUGGAGGAUCGGUGAUGAUCUGGGGGUGCUUCAGCAAGGCUGGAAUCGGGCAGAUUUGUCUUUGUGAAGGACGCAUGAAUCAAGCCAUGUACAAGGUUGUCCUGGAAGAAAACUUGCUUCCUUUUGCUCUGACAUUGUUCCCCAACUCUGAGGAUUGGUUUUUCCAGCAGGACAAUGUGCCAUGCCACACAGCCAGGUCAUUCAAGGUGUGGAUGGAGGACCACCAGAUCAAAACCCUGUCAUGGCCAGCCCAAUCUCCAGACCUGAACCCCAUUGAAAACUUCUGGAAUGUGAUCAAGAGGAAGAUGGAUGGUCACAAGCCAUCAAACAAAGCCGAGCUGCUUGAAUUUUUGCGCCAGGAGUGGCAUAAAGUCACCCAACAUCAAUGUGAAAGACUGGUGGAGAACAUGCCAAGACGCAUGAAAGCUGUGAUUGAAAAUCAGGGUUAUUCCACCAAAUAUUGAUUUCUGAACUGAAGUUAAAAUAUUAGUAUUGUGGUGUUUAAAAAUGAACAUGCACUUAUUUUCUUUGCAUUAUUCGAGGUCUGACAACACUGCAUUUUUUUUGUUAUUUUGACCAGUUGUCAUUUUCUGCAAAUAAAUUCUCUAAAUGACAUUUUAUUUGGGAGAAAUGUUGUCAGUAGUUUAUAGAAUAAAACAAAAAUGUUAUUUUUACCCAAACACAUACCUAUAAAUAGUAAAACCAGAGAAACUGAUAAUUUUGCAGUGGUCUCUGAAUUUUUUUCAGAGAUCUCUCUCUCUCUCUCUAUAUAUAUAUAUAUAUAUAUAUAUAUACACACACACACACACACACACACACACACACAGUGAGGAGAACAAGUAUUUGAUACACUGUCGAUUAUGCAGGUUAUCCUACUUACAAAGCAUGUAGAGGUCUGUAAUUUUUAUCAUAGGUACACUUCAACUGUGAGAGACGGAAUCUAAAACAAAAAUCCAGAAAAUCACAUUGUAUGAUUUUUAAGUAAUUAAUUUGCAUUUUAUUGCAUGACAUAAGUAUUUGAUACAUCAGAAAAGCAGAACAUAAUAUUUGGUACAGAAACCUUUGUUUGCAAUUACAGAGAUCAUACGUUUCCUGUAGGUCUUGACCAGGUUUGCACACACUGCAGCAGGGAUUUUGGCCCACUCCUUCAUACAGACCUUCUCCAGAUCCUUCAGGUUUCGGGGCUGUCGCUGGGCAAUACGGACUUUCAGCUCCCUCCAAAGAUUUUCUAUUGGGUUCAGGUCUGGAGACUGGCUAGGCCACUCCAGGACCUUGAGACGCUUCUUACGGAGCCACUCCUUAGUUGCCCUGGCUGUGUGUUUCGGGUCGUUGUCAUGCUGGAAGACCCAGCCACGACCCAUCUUCAAUGCUCUUACUGAGGGAAGGAGGUUGUUGGCCAAGAUCUCGCGAUACAUGGCCCCAUCCAUCCUCCCCUCAAUACGGUGCAGUCGUCCUGUCCCCUUUGCAGAAAAGCAUCCCCAAAGAAUUGAUGUUUCCACCUCCAUGCUUCACGGUUGGGAUGGUGUUCUUGGGGUUGUACUCAUCCUUCUUCUUCCUCCAAACACGGCGAGUGGAGUUUAGACCAAAAACCUCUAUUUUUGUCUCAUCAGACCACAUGACCUUCUCCCAUUCCUCCUCUGGAUCAUCCAGAUGGUCAUUGGCAAACUUCAGACGGGCCUGGACAUGCGCUGGCUUGAGCAGGGGGACCUUGCGUGCGCUGCAGGAUUUUAAUCCAUGACGGCAUAGUGUGUUACUAAUGGUUUUCUUUGAGACUGUGGUCACAGCUCUCUUCAGGUCAUUGACCAGGUCCUGCUGUGUAGUUCUGGGCUGAUCCCUCACCUUCCUCAUGAUCAUUGAUGCCCCACGAGGUGAGCUCUUGCAUGGAGCCCCAGACCGAGGGUGAUUGACCGUCAUCUUGAACUUCUUCCAUUUUCUAAUAAUUGCGCCAACAGUUGUUGCCUUCUCACCAAGCUGCUUGCCUAUUGUCCUGUAGCCCAUCCCAGCCUUGUGCAUGUCUACAAUUUUAUCCCUGAUAUCCUUACACAGCUCUCUGGUCUUGGCCAUUGUAGAGAGGUUGGAGUCUGUUUGAUUGUGUGGACAGGUGUCUUUUAUACAGGUAAUGAGUUCAAACAGGUGCAGUUAAUACAGGUAAUGAGUGGAGAACAGGAGGGCUUCUUAAAGAAAAACUAACAGGUCUGUGAGAGCCGGAAUUCUUACUGGUUGGUAGGUGAUCAAAUACUUAUGUCAUGCAAUAAAAUGCUAAUUAAUUACUUAAAAAUCAUACAAUGUGAUUUUCUGGAUUUUUGUUUUUGAUUCCGUCUCUCACAGUUGAAGUGUACCUAUGAUAAAAAUUACAGACCUCUACAUGCUUUGUAAGUAGGAAAACCUGCAAAAUCGGCAGUGUAUCAAAUACUUGUUCUCCCCACUGUAUAUAUAUAUGAAUGAUUAUGUGUGGACGCUGAAUAGAAAAGGUGUGUACAGCAGUAGUUUAGGAUGAGCCUUGACUAGAUUACAGUAUACAUAUGAAGUGUGUAAACUCAUUGAAUGUAAAGACGCCAUGUUUACAUUCAGGAUUUGUCUUGCAAUAUACGUAGGCCCAGCUCAUGUUUUGUUGUGGUGUUGCAGGCUGUACCUGGAUCAAGAUGUGGGUCUGUCAGAGGAAACUGUCCAUAAGUACAGCGACUGCGCUCUGGCACGGUUCAACACUACAGUCAUAGAGCUGCGUCGCCUCUUCCUAGUUGAAGACCUGGUGGAUUCCCUCAAGGUAAGAAUGCAAAUGCAACUGAAUAUUUAAGCAUGUAGGCCAGCCUCCUGCAUGGAAAUAUGGUGAUUGCUACAUAUUUUGGUAUUAAUUUUAUUUUUUCUGGUUGCUAUUACUUAGUCAAAGGGGAAUUUGAUUGUUAACCUUAUGGGAAUGUUCAUGUUCAACCCCCUAAUAGCUACUGAAAACAUUUUGCCCUUAAAUCUAUGGUUGCGUUCACAUGUAAAAUGAGUGAGUUUGAGCUUUUCCUUUCAUUUUGUCCAUGUACAGUCAGGCAGAAGUAGGUGACCCUCAGUGUCUUAAGGGGGAAACAGCCUUGUAGAGAAGAGCAGCUGUUGAGAGCUAUGAGGUUUCUACAUGUCUGUCAACACCUUCCAGUUCAACCCUUGCCCUGUCCACUGCUAAGGCCACUCCAGACCCCUCCUCCCAGCAUGCUAUGGCUCCUCUCUCUCCCCUCCCUCUGUGGGUGGGGGUAGCUAUGGUUCUAGCCCGGCCUCUUUGUUAGAGGGUACAGUAAAUUAGACCUCUGUCCAUUCAAGAGCCAUCAGCUACAUUGAUUUAGGAUUCUUAAGGUUCAUCAAGAGUGUCAUCUAUUUAGUCUGUACCCUGUGGGCAGAUUGAAAGUGUGACCUGGUGAACUUCUGCCAAAUGUUGUAAAUAAACCAAAUCCCUUUGGCUACACCACGGCCUUAUUUAUACAUUUGGGACAAGGCUAUAAAUGCUUGUUGAUAUUUUGAUUCCAGGUCAGAUUCUCAGUUUACUAGUUGAUCAUUUUAAGUGUGUCUGUCCACCUUGAAUAUCACCGUAUAAGGAUGCAUGUGAUCUUGGAUUACAACUGCGGAGUGCCUAACAUGUAAACAUACCUAAGCUCCGUAGGAAUGAAUAUGCAACAUUUUGAGUGAAUUUGUCAUAUAAUGGCUUUGCUAAUCAAUAUAUGGAAAGAUGGCCUCUUCAUGGUUGCACCUCCGUCACUCGUUCGCGUUGUUGCCAUUGUUAUCAACGUUCUACAGAUGCCACAGCAUAUUGAUGUCUGACGGAUGGUUAAUGCCUGUUUCGUCAAAUCUACGCUAUUGGCCUGUAAAUACAAUGACAUUGUUGAAGUAGACUAAUAAUUUGUAGAAGACGACAUCAUGAUGGCAAAGUUAAGUUUACGUUAGAGAUGGCAAUGUUGCCAUGAGCUAGCAAAGUUUGUCAGAAAUGGCUAGCAAUGCUAACGUUAGCUAGCUAAAAUGUCAGUGCUCUCCCCUCAAUCUUAGCUAGCUAAAGUUAAACUGCAUCUAAAGUCAAUCUGGAGACAUCACAAUGAUUACAAAAGCUUGUCCUACUAAUUAUUUGCCUCAUUUUGAAAUGUCAUUGUAUUUCCAAGCCACAGUAAUGCACUUAAGAUAAUCUUCAUUAGCACCAAUUGAGACUUUAUUGAGUAGAAUGGUCAGCUGGUAAUCUGUCUUAAAACGAACGUUCAAACAAUAUUGUGACGAAACAUGCAACCAAUGAAUAGGCCUAGUGUUUUGAACACACUGAAAUAAAACCUGUCAUUCUUCUCCCAUCCAGUUUGCUGUGUUGAUGUGGAUUCUCACCUAUGUUGGUGCCUUGUUCAACGGACUCACACUCCUUAUUCUAGGUAGGAUACUUUUUUAAAGUUGAUCAUUGGAAACUUAUGCAUAAAGGCUUUUUGUGACAUUGCUUUGUUACUAUGGUGCCUAGUCAGCAUAGGGAAGCAGCAUCUUGUGAUUAUCUCUGUAAUACUAUCAGGAACAGCCCUAAGCUGGCUUUAUUUCAGGAUACCGUGUGAGAGUCUGAGAGCAUUUGAGCGGUUGGAAAUCCCGCUCAUCGCUCAUGGAGCGGUGCUUGCGCACCACUCCGGAGCUCCAUGUCCUUACCAACCGCUCCACUAAAAACCUUUCUGAGCUCACAGGGGAAAAAAACUGCUGUUCCAAAUUCGCUCCAUUCAUUAAAAUCACAAUUUAACCAACACUCAUCUAUUUUUGUGACUACCUGAACCUACCAUUUGGUUUUGAAGUAUUGAAACCAAACUAUAAGUAUUUGAAUAAACAUGAGAAGGUAAACAUUCAAAUAGGCUACAUGUCAUAUUAAACAUCAUAUGAAAACUCUAAAUAGGUCAGGAGCCAGACAGGGAGCCUAAGAAGGAAUGAAAAUGAUUUAUUUAGGUUAUUAUUUUAAGGCUUAAGCCUACAAAGAAGUACAUUGUGAAACAUUUGCGAGUGCUACACAUUUUCAUUGUAUUAAAUAAUUAUAGUCAAUAAAUUGCGCAUAUAGGCUGUGAUUUACUUAAAAUUAAAUACAAAUUAAACGAAAAAUGACUUGGUGCCUUUUGAAUUAGUUUUUAGGAACACAGGUUUAGCCAGUCUGUGGCUUCAGGCUCAUUCGAUGGUGCCUGGAGAGCAGACCAGCAGUGGAGAAUAUCCUCUCCACACUUGCAGAGCCAUGGGGAUGCUAAACACCCUUUUGGCCACUCUUGCCUGGCUGGGCAGAGAUGUUUUUAUACAUACAUACAUACAUACAUACCACCAGUCAACAGUUAAGAACACCUACUCAUUCAAGGGUGUUUCUUUUCUUUUUUACUAUUUUCUACAUUGUAGAAUAAUAGUGAAGACAUCAAAACUAUGAAAUAACACACAUGGAAUCAUGUAGUAACCGAAAAAAGUGUUAAACAAAUCAAAAUAUAUUUUAUAUUUGAGAUUCUUCAAAUAGCCACCCUUUGCCUUGAUGACAGUUUUGCACACUCUUGGCAUUAUGUCAACCAGCUUCACCUGGAAUGCUUUUCCAACAGUCUUGAAGGAGUUCCCACAUGCUGAGCACUUGUUGGCUGCUUUUCCUUUACUCUGUGGUCCGACUCAUCACAAACCAUCUCAAUAGGGUUGAGGUUGGGGGAUUGUGGAGGCCAGGUCAUCUGAUGCAGCACUCCACCACUCUCCUUCUUGGUCAAAUGACCCAACACACCUCCACGCUGUGUAAGGGCUAUUGCCCUUUUGAAAAACAAAUUAUAGUCCCACUAAGCCCAAACCAGAUGGGAUGGUGUGUCAAUGCAGAAUGCUGUGGUAGCCAUGCUGGUUAAGUGUGCCUUGAAUUCUAAAUAAAUCAAUCCCAGAACAACAGCAAAGGGCCUUGUGAAGAUGCUGGAGGAAACAGGUACAAAAGUAUCUAUCUAUAUCCACAGUAAAACGAGUCCUAUAUCGACAUAACCUGAAAGGCGGCUCAGCAAGGAAGAAGCCACUGCUCCAAAACCGCCAUAAAAAAGCCAGACUACGGUUUGCAACUGCACAUGGGGACAAAGAUCGUACUUUUUGGAGAAAUGUCCUCUGGUCUGAUGAAACACAAAUAUAAUGACCAUCGUUAUGUUUGGAGGAAAAAGGGGGUUACUUGCAAGCCGAAGAACACCAUCCCAACCGUGAAGCACAGGGGUGGCAGCAUCAUGCUGUGGGGGUGCUUUGCUGCAGGAGGGAAUGGUGCACUUUACAAAAUAGAUGGCAUCAUGAGGAAGGAAAAUUAUGUGGAUAUAUUGAUGCAACAUUUCAAGACAUCAGUCAGGAAGUUAAAGCUUGGUCGCAAAUGGGUCUUCCAAAUGGACAAUGGACCCCAAGCAUACUUCCAAAGUUGUGGCAAAAUGGUUUAAGGACAUCAAGGUCAAGGUAUUGGAGUUGCCAUUACAAAGCCCUGACCUCAAUCCUAUAGAAAAUUUGUGAGCAGGACUGAAAAAGCGUGUGCGAGCAAGGAGGCCUACAAACCUGACUCAGUUACACCAGCUCUGUCAGGAGGAAUGGGCCAAAAUUCACCCAACUUAUUGUGGAAAGCUUGUGGAAGGCUACCCGAAAUGUUUGACCCAAGUUAAACAAUUUAAAGGCAAUGCUACUAAAUACUAAUUGCGUGUAUGUAAACUUCUGACCCACUGGGAAUGUGAUGAAAGAAAUAAAAGCUGAAAUAAAUCACUCUACUAUUAUUCUGACAUUUCACAUUCUUAAAAUAAAGUGGUGAUCCCAACUGACCUAAGACUGGGAAUAUUUACUAGGAUUAAAUGUCAGUAAUUGUGAAACUGAUUUUAAAUGUAUUUGGGUAAGGUGUAUGUAAACUUCCGACUUCAACUGUGUGUGUUUUAAAUAGGUAGGCCUAAAGGUUAUUAGGCAAAAUAACCCAAUCAAAACGGAAUGCUCCUUGAAUGUGGGAAUAUGGCAGGCCUAUUGGGCCAAAAUAAUAGAACACAAAUGAACAAAACGUUUUUUAAGAGAUCUGAUUUUUUAUUUUUAUAAAUGCUUCAUUGACAGUUAUCUACCCACCUCUUUUUCCUUUCUUUUAGCAUGUGCACAUAGUGCCUUCGGAAAGUAUUCAGACCCCUUGACUGUUUCCACAUUUUGUUACGUUACUGCCUUAUUCUCAAAUGGAUGAAAAAAGAAAUAAAAAAAUCCUGAGCAAUCUACACACAAUACCUGAUAAUGACAUUGAAAACAGGUUUCUAUAGAUUUUUGUAAAUCUAUUACACAUUUUUUUAAAACUCAAUUGUAACCGAUGGUCACUCUGGAGCUCCAGAGUUCCUCUGUGGAGAUGGGAGAACCUACCAGAAGGAUAACGAUCUCUGCAGUACUCCAAUCAAGCCUUUUAUGGUAGAGUGGCCAGACGGAAGCCACUCCUCAGUAAAAGGCACAUGACAGCCCGCUUGCUGUUUGCCAAAAGGCACCUAAAGACUGUCAGACCAUGAGAAACAAGAUUCUCUGGUUUGAUGAAACCAAGAUUGAACUCUUUGGCCUGAAUGCCAAGCUUCACUUCUAGAGGAAACCUGGCACCAUCCCUACGGUGAAGCAUGGUGGUGGUGGCAGCAUCAUGCUGUGGGGCAGGGACUGGGAGACUAGUCAGGAUCAAGGGAAAGAUUAACGGAGCAAAGUACAGAGAGAUCCUUGAUGAAAACCUGCUCCAGAGCGCUCAGGACCUCAGACUGGGGUUAAGGUUCACCUUCCAACAGGACAACGACCCUAAGCUCACAGCCAAGACAACGCAGGAGUGGCUUCGGGACAAGUCUCUGAAUGUCCUUGAGUGGCCCAGCCAGAGCCUGGACUUGAACCCGAUCUAACAUCUCUGGAGAGACCUGAAAAUAGUUGUGCAGCAACGCUCCCCAUCCAACCUGACAGAGCUUGAGAUGAUCUGCAGAGAAGAAUGGGAGAAACUCCCCAAAUACAGGUGUGCCAAGCUUUUAGCGUCAUACCCAAGAAGACUUUGAGGCUGUAAUUGUAAAGGGUCUGAAUACUUAUGUAAAUGUUAUUUCUUUUAUUUUUAAUAAAUUAGCAAACGUUUCUAAAGUCAUGUUUUUGCUUCGUCAUUAUGGGGUAUUGUGUGUAGAUUGAUGGGGGAAAAAACAAUUUUAUCAAUUUUAUUAUAAGGCUGUAAUCUAACAAAGUGGAAGAAGUCAAGGGGUCUGAAUACUUUCCUAAGGCACUGUAGUAAGUGUACAAUCAUGCUUUCGGGAUACGUGUCUUUUCAGAUUCCACAAUGAUUCUUUAGGUGUUGACACUAAAUCACUGCACUCCCUCUCUUGCUCUUGGUCCUCAUCUUUUGUAAGUCACCUUGAUUUAGCACCCAUGUGUUUUAUCAGGUUAUGUUUAUGAAAAUAUUUUGCGAACAUGACAAUAGCAAAAGCAAGGGGCUACAGCAGCACACAAGUAGACUACAAAUGCAUGCUGGGCAUGCCCUGACCUUAUAAAGUGAGCACUACUGGAGUGAAAUUGGAGCGGGCGAGAAGGCCGACGCUCCAGCCUUUGGGAAUCUCGCUCCAUGCUCCAGUCAAAUCGGGCACACUCCAGCGCCGCUCUGCUCACAUACUUUGGUCUGUAUACGGACGUAGUGGCUGACUGACAGAGGUGUCAAUCUGAAACCUAUUAUUAAAGUCUGACACCCUCCCCCUCUCUCUCUCCAGGUCUGGUUGGAAUGUUCAGCUUCCCCAUCAUCUAUGAGAAGUACCAGGUAUGAGCUGUUAUUUGCUGAUAAAUGUAUGAAAAUAUGUUGAUCUGACGAAGGUAUCAUAGAAUAUUCACACCUCUACUGAAAUCAUGAUCAGUUGACUUCAAAGCCAAGUGUGAGUUUUAAUAUUGUGCCUAAGUGUUUCACUAGAAUGAUUUUGUGUAUUUUAGGUACAGAUUGAUCAUUAUGUGGGGAUGGCCAACAAGCAGGUCAAAGACAUUAUUGCAACGUAAGUAAAUACUGGUUGACAACAUUUAAAUAUCUUGGCAGUGUCGUAAUGAGAAGAUAAAAUGUCUUCCAAGUAUAGGAAGUAGGUAUCCAAAAAACGUUCUUUCAACAACCAGGUAUUUGUGUUUAUUAUGGAGCCCCAUUCAUUCCUGCGAAGGCAGCAGCUACUCUUCCUGGGGUCCAGCAAAAGUAAGGCAGUUAUACAUUUAAAAAACAUUACAAUAAAUUCAUACAGAUUUCACAACAUAUUAAGUGUGUUUCCUCAGGCCUCUAAUACCACAUAUCUAUAACACAAUCCAUGUGUACGUGUGUGUAUAGUGCAUAUGUUAUCGUGUGUUUGUCGAGUCCCAAUUGUAGAGUCCCAAAAAGGUGUUUGAAAAGUAAGUAAAUUGUGGUGGAUGAAAUUGAAAUAUCUUGGCGUUGAUGUAAUGAGCGAAAUAUGCAUCUUCCAAAUAUUGAAAGUAUGUAUGGAAGAAGAAUGUGACUAGACAUUUUGCCUUUUUAUAUUAAAAGCACACAUGACCAAAAGUAUGUGGACACCUGCUUGUGGAACAUCUCAUUCCAAAAUCAUGGGCAUUGAUAUGGAGUUGGUCCCCCCGUUGCUACUAUAACAGCCUCCACUCUUCUGGGAAGGCUUUCCACUAGAUGUUGCAACAUUGCUGCGGGGACUUGAUUCCAUUCAGCCACAAGCAUUAGUGAGUUCGGGCACUGAUGUUGGACGAUUAGGCCUGGCUCGCAGUCAGCUUUUCAAUUCAUCCCAAAGGUGUUUGAUGGGGUUGAGGUCAGGGCUCUGUGCAGGCCAGUCAUGUUCUUCUGCACUGAUCUUGACAAACCAUUUCUGUAUGGACCUUGCGUUGUGCACGGGGCCAUUGUCAUGCUGAAACAGGAAAGGGCCUUCCUCAAACUGUUGACAAAGUUGGAAGCACAGAAUCAUCUAGAAUGUCAUUGUAUGCUGUAACGUUAAGAUUUCCCUUCACUGGAAGUAAGGGGCCUAGACUGAACCAUGAAAAACAGCCCCAGACCAUUAUUCCUCCACCAAACUUUACAGUUGGCACUAUGCAUUUGGGCAGGUAGCGUUCUGGCAUCCGCCAAACCCAGAUUUGUCUGUCGGACUGCCAGAUAGUGAAGAGUGAUUCAUCACUCCAAAGAACCCGUUUCCACUUGUCCAAUGGCAGCGAGCUUUACACCACUCCAGCCGACGCUUGGCAUUUCACAUGGUGAUCUUAGGCUUGUGUGCUGCUGCUUGGCCAUCGAAACCCAUUUCAUGAAGCUCCCUACGAACAGUUAUUGUGCUAACAUUGCUUCCAGAGGCGGUUUGGAACUUGGUAGUGAGUGUUUCAACUGAGGACAGACGAUUUUUACGCACUUCAGCACUUGGCGGUCCCGUUCUGUAAAUUUAUGAAUUUGCUUUGAAUAGUUCAUGACCCUAGGGUAUCAAAUCAAAUUUUAUUGGUCACAUGCGCCGAAUACAACAGGUGCAGACAUUGCAGUGAAAUGCUUACUUACAGCCCUUAACCAACAGUGCAUUUAUUUUAAACAAAAAAAGUAAGAAUAAACAACAACAAAAAAAGUGUUGAGAAAAAAAGAGCAGAAGUAAAAUAAAGUGACAGUAGGGAGGCUAUAUAUACAGUAAAAUAAAGUGACAGUAGGGAGGCUAUAGUGAUUUCAAUGGUCUUCCUCCAUUCUGAUUGUUUUAUACUGUUCAAUUAAACUCCCCCCCGCAGCUUUAUUUAAAAAAAAAAAAGAAUUUAGAUCAAAACACUUGGGUGAAGUGUUGGAAUCACGAUAUCAGAAUUUACUUCGAUACUGAUACCAGGUUUAGAGUCACUGUACUCGAUACCAAAACAAGACCACUGCAAAAAAAGGUGUAUUAGCCAAAUCACAGAAGGGCACUUGAUCCAGACAGGUCUUUUAAAGUUCAAUAUGAUUACAUUUUGACGUUUUUGAUUUUAAUGUAUGCAUUAAUGAAUCCAUUAUACAAUCAUACAAUCAAUUUGACUUGUAAAAAACAAUCUAUAUAACAAUGAUAAUUUAUUUGAAUGGUAAAUCUCUAUUGAUAAACUGGGUAAAUCAAUGUAGCCUAGGCCUAUUCACAAUACAGAUGAAUGUAUAUUCAAUAGGAGGGUGUGCAUGCAUUGAGUUAUUGAGCUUGACUGAUUUCAUGGGGCUACAGAUAAAAAAAAAUCCGUUCCAUUUGGGACUUUUAUUAUACUCAUCAACAUUUGCGUAGAACAUCAUUAGUCUUUUAUAAAAGUAUAUGUUGUCUCUUUAAGACCAAUGACAUCAUUUACACACACCGCUCGAAGAAAUAUCUUGACUAUUAGAGAUGUGAGGCGGGGUAGACUAAGUGAAUUAGUUUUUGGUGACGAUCUGCUUUGAAAUCGGCAAUAUGUUGCGUUAUGAUUUGCAUAUGAUCACAAACAAGGUACUACCGGUAUCUUCUUGCAUUGUAAAGUGUUCUAACCUGUAAUGGACAUUAUUUUGCGAAUAGUAAUUUUAAGUUUCAAAAUUUCUAAAUGCCGUGUUUCAUUAUUCAAGUGUGUUAACUUCUGUGCAGCAUGAAUGGUGUUGCAGCCCAGACUCCUAGUGAGUGCAGUGGUUCGUCAGGACAGGCUAGAGCUAGCAAUGAGUAAGUGGAGCAGGCACAGAGAAAGUUUGGGUUAUGGCUAGAAGGGACCCAGCUUGUUUAAGAAUAUACUAUUCAUAGCAGGUUUAGGAGAAAUUACGCAGCAGGUUGGGAGAAUAAACGUGGCAGGUUGGGAUGGUAAAGGUUAGCUAAAAUGCAAAAAUCUACUUUUGAUGGAAAUUUGACAAGCUGGAUGGGCAUGGUGUGCUUGCUCUUAGUAAGGGGACAUCGGCUGCGCUGAUAGACUUGAUCCUUUCUCAAUCAGUAGACUACCUAAGACACAUUUGACAGAAGUACUGAAAGUAACCUUCUAGUACUGAACCACUUUGUUCUAGAAUCUAAAAAGUACUCAAGUUUCGGUAUACCGUGCAACACUUCUUUGAAUAGUGUUUGACAGGACAACGAAUUAAAAAGCCAGGGAGAAGUUAUUGUGACAGGGUAGGAACCAAAGUGUUGGUCAGUGUUUCCUAGGGGGCCCUAAUCUUCAAAUUACAUUUUAUUUGUCACAUACACGUGUUUAGCAGAUGUUAUUGCCGGUGUAGCGAAAUGCUUGUGCUUCUCCGACAGUGCAGUGUAAUAUCUAACAAGUAAUAUCUAACAAUUUCUCAACAUACCCAAUACACACAAAUCUAAGUAAGGAAUGGAAUUAAGAAUACAUAUAUGGACGAGCAAUGACAGAGCGGCAUGGACUAAGAUACAGUAUAUACAUAUGAGAUGAGUAAUGCAAGAUAUGUAAACAUUAUUAAAGUGACUAGUGUUCAAUUUCUUAAAGUGGCCAGUGAUUUUCAAUAGGCAGCAGCAGUCUCUAAUGUGCUAGUGAUGGCUAUUUAACAGUCUGAUGGCCUUGAGAUAGAAGCUGUUUUUCAUUCUCUCGGUCCCAGCUUUGAUGCACCUGUACUGACCUCGCCUUCUGGAUGAUGGCAGGGUGAACAGGCAGUGGCUCGGGUGGUUGAUGUCCUUGAUGAUCUUUUUGGGCUUCCUGUGACAUCGAGUGCUGUAGGUGUCCUGGAGGGCGGGUAGUUUGCCCCCGGUAAUGUGUUCGGCUGACCGCACCGCCCUCUGUACAGCCCUGCUGUUGCGGGCAGUGCAGUUGCCGUACCAGGCGGUGAUACAGCCCGACAGGAUGCUCUCAAUUGUGCAUCUGUAAAAGUUUUAGGUGCCAAGUCAAAUUUCUUCAGCCUCCUGAGAUUGAAGAGGCUCUGUUCUUCACCACUGUCUGUGUGGGUGGACCAUUUCAGUUUCUCAGUGAUGUGUACGCCAAGGAACUUCAAGCUUUCCACCGUCUCCACUGCGGUCCCGUCGAUGUGGAUGGGGGGUGCACCCUCUGCUGUUUCCUGAAGUCCACAAUCAUCUACUUUUUGUUGACGUUGAGUGAGGUUAUUUUCCUGGCACCACACUCCCAGAGCCCUCACCACCUCCCUGUAGGCUGUCUCGUCAUUGUUGGUAAUUAAGCCUACUACUGUUGUGUCGUCUGGAAACUUGAUGAUUGAGUUGGAGGCGUGCUUGGCCACGCAGUCAUGGGUGAACAGGGAGUACAGGAGGGGGCUGAGCACGCACCCUUGAGGGGCCCCAGUGUUGAGGAUCAGCAAAAUUGAGAUGUUGUUUCCUACCUUCACCACCUGGGGGCGGCCUGUCAGGAAGUACAGGACCAGUUGCACAGGGCGGGUUCAGACACGGGGCCUCAAGCUUAAUGAUGAGCUUGGAGGGUACUAUGGUGUUGAAUGCUGAGCUAUAGUCAAUGAACAGCAUUCUUACAUAGGUAUUCCUCUUGUCCAGAUGGGAUAGGGCAGUGUGAUGGCGAUUGCAUCUAUUGGGGCGGUAAGCAAAUUGUAGUGGGUCUAGGGUGACCGGUAAGGUAGAGGCGAUAUGAUCCUUGACUAGUCUCUCAAAGCACUUCAUGAUGACAGAGGUGAGUGCUAUGGGGCGAUAGUCAUUUAGUUCAGUUACCUUUGCUUUCUUGGGUACAGGAACAAUAGUGGCCAACUUGAAGCAUGUGGGGACAGCAGACUGGGAUAGGGAGUGAUUUAAUAUGUCCGUAAACACCAGCCAGCUGGUCUGCGCAUGCUCUGAAGACGCGGCUAGGGAUGCUUAAAUGUCUUACUCACGUCGGUGGCACUGUGUUAUCCUCAAAGCGGGUGAAGGUGUUUAGCUUGUCUGGAAGCAAGACGUCGGCGACGUGGCUGGUUUUCCUUUUGUAGUCGUCGUUUGUCUGUAGACCCUGCCACAAAGGUCUCCUGUCUGAGCAGUUUAAUUGCGACUUUCUCUAUACUGACGUUUUGCCUGUUUUAAUUGCCUUGCGGAGUGCGUAGCUACACUGUUUGUAUUCUGCCAUAUUCCCAGUCACCUUGCCAUGGUUAAAUGCGGUGGUUCGCGCUUUCAGUUUUGCGCGUAUGCUGCCAUCUAUCCACGGUUUCUGGUUAGGGUGGGUUUUAAUAGUCACAGUGAGCACAACAUUUCCUAUACACUUCCUGAUAAACUCAGUCACAGUUUCAGUGUAUUUGUCCAAAUUUAUUUUCGCAAGCUACCCUGAACAUAUCCCAGUCCGCGUGAUCAAAACAAUCUUGAAGCAUGGAUUCCGAUUGGUCAGACCAGCAUUGGAUUGUCCUUAGCACGGGUACUUCCUGUUUGAGUUUCUGCCUAUAGGAAGGGAGGAGCAAAUUGGAGUCGUGGUCAGAUUUGCUGAAUGUAGGGCGGGGGAGGGCCUUAUAACCAUCCCGGAAGUUCGAAUAGCAAUUGUCAAGAAUUUUAGCAGCCCAUGUACAACAGUCCAUAUGUUGAUAGAACUUCGGCAGCCUAGUCCUCAAAUUUGCUUUGUUAAAAAUCCCCGGCUUUCCAGUUUGCAUAAAGUCCAGUGAAGUUCUUUGAGGGCCGUCGUGGUAUCAGCUUGAUGGGGGAUAUACACGGCCGUGACUAUAACCAAAUAAAAUUAUCUUGGGAGAUAAUACGGUCUGCAUUUGAUUGAGGUAUUCUAGGUCGGGUGAGCAAAAGGUUUCUGUAUGUUAUCACAAUCACACCAUGAGUAGUUUAUCAUGAAACACACACCUCUGCCCUUCUGCUUCCCGGAGGGAUAUUUAUUUCUGUCUGCGCGAUGAACUGCGAACCCAUCUGGCUGGACCGAUUUCGACAGAAUAUCCCGAGAGAGCCAUGUUAAAUGUUUUCUCUUAGCUAAUCCAUGUAGCUCGCUAACAUAUUCAUGCUUUGCCUAGUCGUCUUUGGAGAUUUAGGCCUACACAUUCACUGAUAUCAGGCUGUAUUAGCUAGCUAAAUUUGCUAACUACAAACUGCAUCGUUGUAGUCAACAUCUUGUUGCAUGUGCUGCAUUGAUAAGGCAGGCUGAACGCCUCUAGUGGUCACGCAACAACUGCACUCCUUGAGUGUGAUGGGUGCGCGGCUAGGUCUGUGUGGAAAGCGGCAUGGAGAGGGGGAAGACUCAAGUCGCUAGAGCGCGAUGGGACAAGGACAUCCCGGCCGGCCAAACUCUCCCCUAACCUGGACGACGUUGGGCCAAUUGUGCGCCGCCUCAUGGUUCUCCCAGUCACGGCCGGCUGCGACACAGCCUGGGAUCGAACCCGGGUCUGUAGUCACGCCUCAAGUCGCGCCGUUCAUCUCAUCUUUCCCUCGAUUCUGACUAGUCUCCCAGUCCCUGCUGCUGAAAAAGAGCCACACAGCAUGAUGCUGCCAAAGCCAUGCUUCAGCGUAGGGAUGGUGCCAGGUUUCCUCCAGACGUGACGCUUGGUAUUUAGGCCAAAGAGUUGAAUUUUGGUUUCAUCAGACCAGAGAAUCUCAUGGUCUGAGAGUCCUUUAGGUUCCUUUUGGCAGACUCUAAGCGGACUGUCAUGUGCCUUUUACUGAGGAUUGGCUUCCGUCUGGCCACUCUACCAUAAAGGCUUGAUUGGUGGAGUGCUGCAGGGAUGGUUGUGCUUCUGGAAGGUUCUCACGUCUCCGCAGAGCAGCUCUGGAGCUCUGUCAGAGUGACCAUCGGGUUCUUGGUCACCUCCCUGACCAAGGCCCUUCCGCCGGGCGGCCAGCUCUAGGAAGAGUCUUGGUGGUUCCAAACUUCUUCAAUUUAAGAAUGAUGGAGGCCGACAUGUUAAUAAUAAUAAUAUGCCAUUUAGCAGACGCUUUUAUCCAAAGCGACUUAGUCAUGCGUGCAUACAUUUUUUUUUUUUUUCUAAACCUGUUUUCGCUUUGUCAUUAUGGGGUAUUGUAUGUAGAUUGAGGAACAACAUAAAUAUAACAAAAUGUGGAAAAGGGGAAGGUCUGAAUACCGUCCAAAUGCACUGUAUAGCUGACUAAUCCGACUUGAUCGUUUGAAAUCCUGUGGCAACAAAACAAGGAAAUUAUCUAAUAGUUGGGAAAAAAGUGAAUCUCUAAUUUAUGACAAAUUAAUGAAAUCCCUCCAUGUUAUACCACUGAUUUAAACAUUUUAUCCACAUUUUUAUGUUAAUCUGACAUAUUGCAUAAUUUUACCAUGAAAAGGUUCUGCAAGAAUUCAAUUGUAUUAUAGAUAUUUUACACAAAUGAGACAUGCGUACAGCAAGUAUUCCACCUGACCGAAGUACUCUGAACAGUGUUUACGUGUUAAUUAUCUCCCCCUUGAUUAGUUUAUCACAAGGUAUAACCCACCCCUUGUAUUCAGAAUGAAUUUUCAUUCAGAACCAGAAUGUAAUUACCUACAUUUUAGUCAUUUAGCAGAUGCUCUUAUCCAGAGCGACUUAGUUAGUGAGUGCAUAAAUUUUUUCAUUCUGGUCCCCCGUGGGAAACGACCUACCUAAACACUUUAUAUACAGUGAGGGGAAAAAAAGUAUUUGAUCCCCUGCUUAUUUUGUACGUUUGCCUACUGACAAAGAAAUUAUCAGUCUAUAAUUUUAAUGGUAGGUUUAUUUGAACAGUGAGAGACAGAAUAACAACAAUAAAAUCCAGAAAAACGCAUGUCAAAAAUGUUAUAAAUUGAUUAGCAUUUUAAUGAGGGAAAUAAGUAUUUGACCCCCAUUCAAUCAGAAAGAUUUCUGGCUCCCAGGUGUCUUUUAUACAGGUAACGAGCUGAGAUUAGGAGCACACUCUUAAAGGGAGUGCUCCUAUUCUCAGCUUGUUACCUGUAUAAAAGACACCUGUCCACAGAAGCAAUCAAUCAAUCCGAUUCCAAACUCUCCACCAUGACCAAGACCAAAGAGCACUCCAAGGAUAUCAGGGACAAGAUUGUAGACCUACAAGGCUGGAAUGGGCUACAAGACCAUCGCCAAGCAGCUUGGUGAGAAGGUGACAACAGUUGGUGUGAUUAUUCGCAAAUGGAAGAAACUCAAAAUAACUGUCAAUCUCCCUCGGCCUGGGGCUCCAUGCAAGAUCUCACCUCGUGGAGUUGCAAUGAUCAUUCGAACGGUGAGGAAUCAGCCCAGAACUACACGGGAGGAUCUUGUCAAUGAUCUCAAGGCAGCUGGGACCAUAGUCCCCAAGAAAACAAUUGGUAGCACACUACGCCGUGAAGGACUGAAAUCCUGCAGCGCCCGCAAGGUCCCCCUGCUCAAGAAAGCACAUAUACAGGCCCGUCUGAAGUUUGCCAAUGAACAUCUGAAUGAUUCAGAGGAGAACUGGGUGAAAGUGUUGUGGUCAGAUGAGACCAAAAUGGAGCUCUUUGGCAUCAACUCAACUUGCCGUGUUUGGAGGAGGAGGAAUGCUGCCUAUGACCCCAAGAACACCAUCCCCACCAUCAAACAUGGAGGUGGAAACAUUAUGCUUUGGGGGUGUUUUUCUGCUAAGGGGACAGGACAACUUCACCGUAUCAAAGGGACGAUGGACAGGGCCAUGUACCAUCAAAUCUUGGAUGAGAACCUCCUUCCCUCAGCCAGGGCAUUGAAAAUGGGUCAUGGAUGGGUAUUCCAGCAUGACAAUGACCCAAAACACACGGCCAAGGCAACAAAGGAGUGGCUCAAGAAGAAGCACAUUAAGGUCCUGGAGUGGCCUAGCCAGUCUCCAGACCUUAAUCCCAUAGAAAAUAUGUGGAGGGAGCUGAAGGUUUGAGUUGCCAAACGUCAGCCUCGAAACCUUAAUGACUUGGAGAAGAUCUGCAAAGAGGAGUGGGACAAAAUCCCUCCUGAGAUGUGUGCAAACCUGGUGGCCAACUACAAGAAACGUCUGACCUCUGUGAUUGCCAACAAGGGUUUUGCCACCAAGUACUAAGUCAUGUUUUGCAGAGGGGUCAAAUACUUAUUUCCCUCAUUAAAAUGCAAAUCAAUUAAUAACAUUUUUGACAUGUGUUUUUCUGGAUUUUUUUUGCUGUUAUUUUGUCUCACUGUUCAAAUAAACCUACCAUUAAAAUUAUAGACUGAUCAUGUCUUUGUCAGUUGGCAAACCUACAAAAUCAGCAGGGGAUCAAAUACUUUUUUCUCUCACUGUAUGUAUUUAUGUACUGUUUGUAGUAUCUUCUAGGAACAUUUGGCUGGAUUAGUAUUUAUGUAAUUUUAUUUAUAGCUGUUGGUGGUGUGAUUAUCUGCAGUGCUGUCUACACAAUUGACCCUUGUAUGUUAAAGUAGGCCCUAUGUUGAAUUGAUGUGUUUAUACAAGGUCAUUUUACUCAAUGAGCGCUUUAUUUUUUUAUUUAUAUUAUUUUGCUUCAUAUAAACAUUGUUUGACUAAUGCUCUGUGGCUCUUUCCACUUUCAGGGUCCAGGCCAAAGUCCCUGGACUGAAGCGUGUGAAGGCUGACUGA